GUCUUCGUCGUGGACCGACUACGAAAAUCGACUACGAUACGUCGUUUGCCCGCGAUUCCUUUUUUUUUUUUUUUCGACACGAUUUUCCUUUCGAUCAUCGCGGCCUUAGCCGACGGUGUUACGCGAAAUCGCGACCUGAACCGAACCGAUCGAACCUUCUUGAUCAACCGGAACCAAUACGACCCAUUUGUGUACCCGUUUACACUUUGGAUUUUCUAAAGAUUCUUGGAUUUCGUUCAUCCCUUCUUGUCGACGGCCCGACGUCUCUUCGCGAUGCUAGGUGAUCGAAGAGUGCCCCGUGAAUCUUCGAAAUAGUCAGAGAUGUCGCAGCCGCCGUCGAAACCCCAUGGAAAAGGCGGGCCAGGGGGUGGCUGGUCGGCCAGACCGAACGUGUCAGCCCAUUACAGACCUCCGUCGCCUUACAGUCCCUCGAGUUCACCGCGUCCUCGAGGACCACCCACGCCGGUCCAUCAUGCUCAUCCUGCGUCCCCGUUGACGUAUUCCGGAAUGAUGCACCCGAUGAGCCCGGUGCCCAUAGGAAUGCCGAUUUCACCGGGGAUGUCACCAGUUUUCGGAUCGCCGACCAGCUACAUACAAUGUCCCAGGCCUAGAUGGCCCUCCCCCCUUCCGGUUGGGAGUCAAGCACCCAGACCUUUCAUACCGACACAGAGCUCGAUGGAAAGUGGUACAUCGUCGCCCUUAGCUUGCGGACCAGCAGAAUACAUGAUUGGACCAUAUAGACCCGGGGAUUACGAGUACGUUGGUGUACCACUAGAUCAUUCGCAAACAGAAGAAGAAUCCAGUGGACCCAGCACUGCGGAAAUAAUAGCCAACCAAAGUCAAGAUUAUGUGGAUGAAAAAUUAGCCGAGUACCAGGCUACUAUUCAGCAACUUCAGAAUGAACAAGAACGCGUACAGAAGAAAACUUUUGUCAACUGGAUAAAUUCUUACUUAUCCAAAAGGAUUCCACCCCUCCGAGUGGAUGAUCUGAUCGAUGACCUUAAAGACGGCACCCGUUUGCUCGCCUUGCUGGAAGUUCUGUCCGGCGAGAAGCUGCCGGUUGAAAGGGGCCGUAACUUGAAGAGACCGCAUUUUCUCAGCAAUGCCAAUACAGCUCUUCAAUUCCUGCAGAGCAAGAAAAUUAAAUUGGUGAAUAUUAAUUCGUCCGAUUUGGUCGACGGACGACCGCCCGUUGUGUUGGGCCUGAUUUGGACCAUAAUUCUAUACUUCCAGAUCGAGGAGAAUACCAGAGCUUUGGAGUAUCUUGGCCACACGUGGGGUAGUCAGAGCAGCCUGGAGAGCCUCAGCACCCAAGGAUCAGCUACCAGCGAGAGGAAACGCAUCAGCAGCGAAAAAUGGAAACAGGGGGCGAGGAAGACUUUGUUGCAAUGGGUCACCAAUGCCCUGCCAAAGGACAUAAAAGUCCGCGACUUCGGCGAAAGCUGGCGCGAUGGCAACGCCUUCCUGGCCAUCAUCGACGCGAUCAAAGCAAAUCUGGUGAACAUCGCAGCUAUGAGAGAGGCGACGAAUAGAGCUCGUCUAGCGACAGCUUUUCACGUGGCUGAAUCAGAGCUAGGCAUCGCCAGGCUCCUCGAUCCAGAAGACGUCGACGUUCCCCAACCCGACGAGAAAUCGAUCAUGACUUACGUAGCUCAGUUUCUGCAUAAAUAUCCGGAACCAGGAUCCACAGCUUCCGACUCGUUCGCUGCUGUACAGCAAGAAUACGAUGGAUUGUUUAAUUGGCUUAAUGAGAAAGUUAGGUACCUGGAACAGAUGGAUAGGGCUAAUUCUUUCCCUUUGAAUUAUGGAGAUUAUGGUGCUUUGAAAGGGGAAGCUGAUCAGCAGCUGGGGGUGUAUAAUAAAUUACAACGCCUUGUUGAAACACCUAGCAUGAUAAGCAUCACUAGAGAUUCUUGGGGGCAUAUACAAAAUUUGUGGAAAACUUUUGAAAUCCUUAUGCUACACUGGCUCUGGAUCCUAGACUCCUCUUUACCAGGCGAAUUAGGGGAGGUUGGUAAAUGGCUGGGUCGUGCAGAGGCUCUUUUAAUAUCCGACAACGACAUACCCGAAGAAAUGACCGAAGAAACAGCCAACAUAAUAUCAAACAAGUUGGAAGAUCACAAGAAGUUCUUCGUCGAUCUACCGUCCAUGACAGAACGUUUCCAAGCAGCUAGAAACUCUCAGCUCGCCUUGAAAGUUCCAGCCCAACAAUUGAUCAAUAUGGCAACUCGAUUCGAAAGCUUGCCAGAUCGCGCUGCGAAACGUAGAAUCCGACUAAAGUUCCUGGAGCACAAGUGCUGCCUUAUUGCUUUCUUGUUCCUAGUCGAGACGAAGUUGAAAGGAUGGAGCGUGAAAUAUGGCACCGAGGAGAAGGUGCACCAGAUGUUGGAACAGUACAGAAACUUCGUGUCUCGAAACAGAAUCUUUCAGGAGUUCCAGAAGGCGUACUUGGACAUGCAGCAAGUCGUCGAGGAUUAUAAACGCGAAGGAAAUGUUGACAAAGAAGAAAGCGCAAGUAUCGAUCGUUUCAUGAGAGAAACCAGCGAGAAGUGGAAGAGUGUCUCCAUGGAUCUUCGUUGCGUGCAAAGUAUGCUGGAGGAGGUCGUAGCCUACUGGCGUCGCUGGAACGUCGUCUCCGACGAGUUCGAAGCCUGGUUGAUGCGAGCAGAACCAGCUCUGAACCUCCCAGAAGAAGAAAGAAUGGAGUUCUUCCAAGAUAUAAGCGUGUGGAAGGACAAACACCAACAGCUAUCCGACACAGUUACCUUCCUCAUCGCCACAUCCGAUGAACCAGUCGCUCUGCAAUUGAAACAACGUUACUCGAACCUCGCUUCAAGAUGGGAGUCCCUGUUCCAGGAAGCGAAACAGUACAUGCGUGCUGGGGACGUGAUACGAAACAGGAAGGACUACAGAGCUGGCGUGGAGACCCUGCAGAAGUGGCUAAGAAACGUCGAAUCAGCUUUGUCAGCAACUGACCUGACCACCACUGAAAAGAUCAAAGCCUAUGGCGAGAAACUGCAAGUUUUCCAUAACGAGGUGGAAGGUAUCGAGGAUCUCUUCAAGAGCAUCAGCAAGAAGUUUCAAACGCUCAUUCAAGAUUUAUCUCGUGAUGAAGUGGACAAGAUGAUGAACACCUUGAAGAAAGAGAAAGAAGCUCUGGUGAAAGUACGAGCUUUAAUUCCUAUGCAACUACAUUUAUACCAUCAGUUGUUGGUUCAACAGGAGUCCCUGGAAGCUGGACAAAAAGAAAUUGCUACUUGGUUGGAUGAAGCAGAGAGGAUGUUGAUGAGUAUCGACUUAUCUGGAGGCAGAGAAUACAUCCUGGCUCAGUUGGACCGUCACAAAUCCUUCUUUUCAAGGACUCUGUACUACAAAUCCAUGUUGGAAUCCAAGAACAAGGUUUUCACUAACAUUGUAAAGUCUGUGGACAGCCAUGCUGAUGUGAGUACAGCAGAAGGUGGCAAGACCCUGAGGGAACUCAACGAACGGUUCAAUAAAGUGUCCCAAGCUGCUCAGGUUUGGGAACUACGUCUGCAAGAAGCUGUCAGAUGCUGGACCAAGUUCAAAGAAUGCGAGAGACAAGUGUCCGAAUGGUUGUCAGUAGCAGAGACCAUGAUCAACGACAAACAUACCGACAAUAGACGAUCCAUAGAGUAUCACAAGAAUUUCUUCAGCAACGUGAGCGAGAAAUGGAUCCAAGAUUUCGCGAACGCUGGACAGGACUUGAAGAAUAUCCUGCCUGUUGAACAGCAAGCUCCAAUCGUGGAAGCUGUGGAAGCUUUGCAAAAACGUUGGAAGGAAGUACUGACGUUCGCACCUCUUCAUCUAAUGAGACUCGAGUUCCGUCUUGACGAGACCACCUUCCUGCAGUACUUGAAGGGAAUCGAAGUUGAGAUCAAUUCCGAGCAGCAGGCUCUGAUGAAGAAUGAUAACGUGGAAAGUAUACUGCAGAGGAACAAGGAGUUCUUCGUGAAUCGUGGCACAGUGCUGGAAGUGGAGAAGUGUUUGCAGACCCUGAAGAAGAUCAGCCAGGCGUACAGCCAACUGCAACCCAGUGACACCAGUUUAGCCGAGGCUACUCAGAAUGCUGAACGUUUGUGGGAGGAAUCUGCUCAGAGAGUGGAACGUUUGAGGGAUCAAUUGAAACAAGUGCCUCAGCAAUGGGCUGCUUACAAGAAGAAAUUCGACGAGAUGGUUCGAUGGAUGGACCACGUGGACAGCAAUCUGAGAAGCAUACUACACGAAGUGAACACACUGGAAGAAUUCGAGACAGAGAAAACAAUAUUCCAGGUUCAAGUUUUAACGAAAAUAUGCCGAGAAGCAGACAGCAAACGCGAGGAGAUGAAAUGGUUGGUUCAAACCUUGGACAGUCUGACCUCGAAUCGUUCAGAUCACGAAGCCCUUUCAGAACAGAAUCGUCUCGAGCAAUUGAUCACUCGUUACAAGAAUCUGAUACCCACUAUUGAAAUUACCAUGACGAAAACCGAUAUCUACUCAAAGAGUUACACGUACAGAAAGGAGGUACGCGAGGUGUGCACUCUUCUGCGCAAGGUUCGUGAUCAGUCCAAGGUCGACGUGGUUGCCGAAGGUCCGGAGACCCUGCAGACCGCAGUGUCCCAUCAGGAGAGUCGUCUGAGUAAUCUGGAACAGCAGAGACCAAACAUCGUCAGCAUGUUGCAGCGUGGAAAAGAUCUUCUAAAGGAUCAACAUGCUCCUCCAUUCGUAUCCGUCGAAGUUCAGCAACUGGAAUCCAACUGGAACGACACGUACGGUCAAAGUGUAGAGACCUUGAAGACUCUGAAGAGCACUCAGAAACUAUGGAACACCUAUACAGAACAAAAAGAAGAGAUCUUGAAGUUGAUCGAGCAAGCCGAUGAAGAACUAAGAAAGAUCGAUUCGAAGAUCUAUUUCAAUGCUUCCGAAGCAUCCUCCGAUCUUCAGAAUAAGCAAGACUUCAGUUCUACGUUGAGGAAAUCAGCCGAAGAGUGGAUGAAGAAGCUACAAGAAACGUACAGUCAGCUGACCGACGUGACACCCCCAGAGAAGAGGGAGGUUCUGAAGAAAGAGAUCACGAUUACAGAGAAACGAAUGGAGACUACUAUAAAGACCGUCGAAGAGAAGGUUGUUCAUUUGCAAAAGCACAGCACCAGAUGGAACAAGUUCCAGGCGAAAUUGAAUGAAUUACAAUCGUGGGCUCAACAGAGGACACCGCAAUCAAUUUCUGACGCAGCAAAUCUGGCAACGACCCCCGAAGAGAUGGUAUACAGGACAGAAAGUUUGCAAAAGGAGAUUCGAGAGAAGUACAGCACACUGGAGUUCCUCGAACUGGAAGCUGAUCGUCUCGUGAAAGGCGGAGGUUACAGACCCGAGAACAGACCUCUAUGCAGUGAGUUUUGCAAGCUCGAGAAGACCCUUGAAGUCUUGAAGAAGAGCAUCGUGGUUCAACGACAGAGCGCUACUGAAAAUCUAGAAACCUGGAAGGAGUACGAGAAGGGAAUUAAAGAGUUGAAACCGUGGAUCGAAGAGUCUGAAUCAAAGGCUGCUACCAUAGGCAGCAAACCUACCACCCUAGCUCAAGCAACUCAGAUGCUGGAGGCAGCCAAGGCUUUCGAAAUACGAUGCCAGCAACACUUCCCUAGAAUUCAAGAUUUAUCACUGAUCAGUCAACGAAUAUCAGGUAGGACAUCAGCAUCCGACGAAGUGGACGCGGUUCACACUCGGUGGAACGCUGUCCAUGACACAGCUGUGCAGACGACCACGAAGUUGGACAAGUUGGUCACCUCAUGGAACAGCUUCGAAUCUGAGAUCAAAGAAUUCAACGAGUGGCUAGAAAGAUCUGAAAGAACAGUACUCGUGGAGCCUAACACUCAAACCCCUGAGGUAUCAGUGUUGGAGAAGGAGUUAGCACGUUUGAAGGACUUCAACAAGAGCAUAUCCGAUCACCAGGCUCAAUUAAUCUCCCUAACUCAGGUGUCUGAUCACAUCAGCCAUGGUUUGUCUCUGGAAGGAGCGUCGAACUUGAAGAGUCGAGUGUCUGAUAUAAAAUCCAGGGUCAGUAGACUGGCAGACACUGUCAGAUUGCAGAUCAACAAAGUCUCUGAUUCCCUGUUAGCUCGUCAAGAGUUCCAGAUGAAGAUCACCGACUUCGAGAACUGGAUGUCACGAUUGAGGUCAAACAUCGCUGAAAUCAGUGAUGCCAGCGUUGACACUGUAGACACGAAUCUCCAGGCUGUCCACGCUUACAUUCAGGAGCACUUUGAGAAGCAGCCGAGUUUUGCAGCCAUCUACGACGAGGUCAAACAACUGUCCUCGAAAGGAUCAGUUAUGGAAGCGGCUGCUUUGGAUGAAACAUAUACCACCUUGGCGAAGAAGUACAAAGCACUGGAGGAUGACUUGCAGCAGAAGAAGAAGGGUCUGGAGAAGUGGAUAGAAUUGCUCAGCUGGUUAAACGAUGCGAAUGCUCAGUUGAGUCACUGCAAAUACGAAGCAGAGGCUAGGAAACCAACUCUAGCUGACCUCGAAAGAUUCUCUUCAGAGUUGCAAACCAUCUACGAUAAAAUAGACAGCUGGAAACAGCACGUUCUACCUGACUCAGCAGUGAGUAUUCAGAUUAGGGACAAACAAGGAAAGCCUCUUUCAGCGGCGGAUUUAUUAAACGAUCUGGAGAACAAAGCUAUAGCCUUGAAGAAUGAGAUAUCCGCGAAACGUGACAAGCUGGAGAACCUCGAUGCCAGGUGGAACAACUUCAGAAGCUUGCAGCAAGAAAUCACUGAGAAGAUAUUGAACACUCAAACAGCUCUUCAGGAAACAGUUUACAAUGUUGAUUCUUGUAAACAAUUAGCACCUGCUGUGGACAAGAUUGAUCGAUUGAUCGAGGAUCAUCAGAAGAGAGAGCAGCAGAAAGAGAUUCUUCAUUUCGAGGGUAGUUCCUUGAUGAAGGAGGACCAAAGGUCGACGACUAACAUUCAGGUAGUUCUAUCUUCGGUCGAUGCUAAUUGGGAGAAGGUCAAUGAACUUCUACGAGAACAAAGGAAGAAAUACGCCGACAUGAACACAGACUGGAAGGCGUACGAAGAAGCAAAACAGAAGCUGAAGAAGUCGAUCGAAGAAGCAAAGACUCUGUGCCGAUCAGUUAAAGGUAUACCUUACGACGUCACCCAAGCGAACAUAGCUUUAGAGAAGCACAAAAAGGCAUUGGAAACCUUGAAGAAGGGCAAACAAUUCUUAGAGAAAAUGGACACCAAAGCGCAACAGCUCAUCAAGGAAACGUCUCUGAUGCCUAGAUUCGACUCCGAUUUGAUAGAAACAGACUUGACCGAGUCUCGACAGAAUUAUCAGGACAUUUACAAUGAUAUCAGUGAAAAAUUGCAAGCAUACGAGACUCAAGUGAUCAUCUGGAAACAGAUAGAAGAAUCCAAAUCAGAACUAAUCACAUGGCUGACCAAUACCAGUGACGUUUUGGCUUCUGCCAGCUCACGAUUGGUAGAUGCUGAGACUUGUCACGCGACCUUGGCAAGAUACCGCGAAGAACUGCCAGGUUAUCAGCAACUGUACCGAAAUAUCGUCUCGAAGAUCGAGCAGUUGGUCAAACUGAACGAUAACAAAGACAUCCCUACAUUAAACUCUUUGCACAAAUUAUUAGACGAUCAAUUCCUUAUGGUCACCAAUUAUGCAGAGAAGCUCGAAUCUCUGACGUCGACCUUGAACGAAAGAGAGAGAAAUAUCAGACAGGAGAUGAAGAGAUGCGGUGAUUUAAUUUCGAAGAUCAGAGAGGACAUCAUCAAGUGUGAUGAUUUAACUGGCGAGAAUACUAAGAUUUUAGGCAGAAUCAACAGGUGUCAAGAAUUGAAAACAGAAUUAGAACAGUGUGAUUAUGCCUUGUCGAAGGUCGAAGAGACCCUGACGACCAUCGCCACAGAAUACCAGGGUAUCUUCAGAUCGAGUCUGCCUAAAGAGCUUCAAGCUCUUCAGCUUCGAAGAGACGGUGUGGCCAGCCACGCGAACAAAGUGAUCGCAACCUUGGUAGCAUUCUUAACUAAACUCUAUCACGAGAAGUUUGGAGCUCUUCAGCGUAUGGUGGUGACUCUGAAAGAGAAGGUUGCUUGGUGCGAACCCGAGCAGAGCAGCGAUCGUUACAAUCUCGAAGUGAAAAUGGCCUCACUGAUGGACGUGGAGGCUGGUAUCGCUGAUUGUAUCGCUAGAAAAGAGGACACCGACAAUUCCUUGAAGCUUCUAGCGUCUGUGGAGAGCGCGGAAACGAUGGAAGACUUGAAAACCGAUAGGGACAAGGUCGAGGGGGACCUGGAGUCCCUGAAGUCUAGCUUCGGCAAGAUUAAAAACGAUCUGGAGCGAAACAUUGCGCUGUGGCAGCGAUACGAGCACACCUCGGAGAGCGUUUUAUCAUGGUUGAAGGAGAAUGAGAAUAAAAUCAGAGCCGAGGCUUCGGCAUUGCUGAACCUGGAGGACAUCGAGCAGAAGAUCUCAGAGAUGAGCCAAGCCCAGAAAACAGUGAUGGAGUAUAACGCUGAAUUGAAAGCACUCACUGUUCUAGCUGAAGACAUCACCAAAGUCAGCUCCGAAUCCAGAGUGAACCAGUACAUAGUACACCUGAACACUCGUUACGACUAUGUCCUGAAGUUCCUCUCCCAAUACUUGGACAGGCUUAAAGAAUUGAAGGACAACAGGGAUCAGUAUAUCGCGAACAAGAAGAAACUCGAAAAAUGGAUCCAGAAUGCAGAGAAGACUCUGAAAGCAUUCGAUGAAAUCACUGGACCAAAGCCUAUCACCUUCUACCAAUCUCGUUUGAAGGAGUUGAAAGCAUUUGCUGAGGAACGAGAAGUUGGCCAAGCUAUACUUAAUAAAACCGCUGAAGCUGGCGAAGCUCUCUUCGCCAGGAUCACUCCUGAUCAGAGAGAAACAAUUAGAGCCGAGGUGAGGAACUUCCGCAACCGAGUGGACGCCAUGGCGGAUCGCGCUAACGUGAUCUAUAAGAAGAUAGAGAGUGACAUGAUGCACAGAUCGUCGUUCGAAGAUAAAUUCUCGCAGGUGAAGCAAUGGCUGGUGGACGCUCAGAAUAAACUGGGCGAGAAACAGGAGCUGCUACCAACCUUGCAGGAAAAGAAGUUAGCUCUUCAUCUGUACAGAGCCGUGGCACAGGACGUCACUGUUCACAAAAACAUUCUCCAGCAGCUUCAAGAGAGACUGAGCACAGCACCCGACGACGAUGCCAGUGAAAUGCUGGGGAACGUGAUAGAAGCCUACGAGAAACUGUCUAACGAAGUCGAAGGAAGGAUCAAUAUUGCAGAGAAACACGUUUCCAACCACGAAGCUUAUUUCCAGACAUUCGAGAAGACCCGCGACUGGAUCAACACAGUCAUCAACGAAGGUACACCCAUCAUCGAGGACUUCUCGGUGGAAAGGGACACUGCUCAGAGCAAGAUCUCGGCGAUCGAGAGUCUAUUGCAGCAAAAAGCUGAAGGGGAUCGAAUCUUAGCUGACUGCAAUCAGCAGAUGAACAUAGUUCUCGAGCAGACAUCUAUGCCGGGUCAUUCGGCGCUGAUAACGAACUUCGAGCAGCAGAGUAAGAUCUGGAAGGACUUCCUGAAGAGAUGCGUCAUUGCCAGGGAUAAAUUGAAACAGAUGUUCAGUCAGUGGUCCGAGUUCGAGAAGAUAGUGGAAGGUCUGGAGGCUUGGAUCAAGCAGAUGGAGACUCAGCUGAAGGACCAGAGUCUGAAGAGCACCGAAGAAGCAAAGAGGUCUAAUCUCCAGAGACUAAAAUCUCUUGAAGAGAGCAUCAUCGCCAAAGGCAGUGAAUUCAACGCCGCGAUCGAGAAGAGUCAGAGCAUCGAAGCUGAAGCUGAUCUUGCUACCAGAGUCUCCAGGCAAACCACCAAGUACCAGGCUAUCAAAAAUCAAAUUAAGGAAGCCGUGAUGAGAUACGAGCAAUUCGUGAAGGAACACCAUACAUUCAACACGAAGUACGAUCAAUUAUUGCAAUGGAUCACUGAUAUCCAGUCAGAGCUGAAGAAGCACAGUGAAAUCGUGGGUGAUCUAUCGGUCUUACAGAGCAGACAGAAGCUUGUUCGCGACCUCGGUGACACUAGGACGAAGGAGAACGCUCGUUUCGAGUCUGUGAUCGAUCUAGGAGAGAAAUUAUACGUCCACACGUCUCCUGAUGGUCGAGAGAUCAUCAGACAACAGUUAAGAAAUUUAAGAACCUUGUGGGACGGAUUCUCCGAAGAGCUCCAGAACACCACACAGAAGUUGGACCAGUGCUUAAUGCAAUUCGCAGAAUUCUCCUUGUCUCACGAGCAACUAACUGCCUGGCUUCGGGAUGUCGAACGAGCCAUGCAUCAGCACACUGAAUUGAAGUGCACUUUGGAAGAGAAACGAGCACAGCUUCAGAAUCACAAGAUCAUGCAUCAGGAGAUCAUGUCCCAUCAGUCCCUCGUUGAGAAUGUUUGCGACAAGGCUCAGCAAUUGGUCGAUCAGACCAAGGACACGUCUCUGAACGUCUUCCUACCUUCCAUCAAACAGCUGUUCCAUAAUAUCGUGGCUAAGUCGAAGGAUUUAUUGGAGAAUUUAGAGGACUGCGUGGAGAAACAUCAUCGUUUCAAUCUCCAGGUGAAGAGUUUCUCGGAUUGGUUAAAUGGAGAACGAGAGAAGCUUGCAGAGUGCAAUGACAUCACUGGAGAACGUACGGAUAUCACUCGAAGGCUUGCUACUUUGGCGGGUUUGAAGGACGAUCAGAUGCAGGGAGCAGAAUACCUGGAGAAAUUAAAAGAACUCAGCGACAUUGUGAUCAAAAGAACCGCGCCUAAGGGUUGGGACACUAUUAAUAAGGAGAUUAGCGUUUUGGAGAGCAAUCUUCGUCAAUACUUGAGCGAAAUAGAAUCAGUGGAGGAGAAGCAAAAAGCAGCCUUGCAAAAAUGGCAGGACUUUGAAGAUAAAUUGGAGGCACACACAAAGUGGUUCUGUGCCAUGGAAGCUGCGUUCAGAGACCAGCAAUUGCAACCCACUUUACAGGACAAGGAAGCUCGUUUGCAGACUUUGAAAGAGAAACGCGACGCCAUACUGAAAGAAGAAUCCAAGAUUGAUGAGUUUGUCGACAAGUCUCAUAGUUUGCUCCAUGCCAGUGGUGUUGAUCGUAUAAAACCUCUGAUCUCCCAAAUUAGCAAGAGAUACCAAUUGUUACACGUCCUCAGUAAAGAAGUAGUCACUCGAUGUCAAACCAUCGUGGAUGACCACCGUGCCUACGAAGAAAAAUUGAAGGUCAUCGAUGCCUGGCUCACUCAGUUGGAGCAAAGUUUAGCCAGCCUGAAGAAGGAGGAAGCUGGUGGGAACUUGGAAGAGAAGGUUUCCCGUCUGCAGAUCCUGCUCGCUGAAAAGGAGCAAGGUGAACAUCGACUGGGAGGUCUGAUAUCUUUUGGAGAAAGAAUCCUAGCUGAUACAUCGGCUCAGGGACGAGAACUGAUUCGUCAUGAAUUGAGACAAGCUCGAGAACGAUGGGACAAGCUGGUGGAAGGAAUAGCUGAGCAACAGAAGAAACAGGAUGCUCAGUCUUUGCAAUGGUCCAAUUAUCAAGAGACUCUGCAACAAAUUCUGGCCUGGUUGGACACUAUGGAGAGGUCUGUGAAACAGGACUCCUCGAUCAUCUGGUCGUCUCUUCAGGAAAUUAAAUCGAAGUUGCUGAAGAGCAAGGGAAUGCAUCAAGAAAUCUUGGCAUACAAACGUAUCAUCGAAGGAGUCUCUGAGAAAGCCAAUGCUCUGUCUUACACAGCUCAAGCACCAUCUGACGCUCAACAGAAAGCUGCCUCCGUUUCCGGUCGAUACGAUGACCUGGUUGAGAUGUCCCAGAAAAAUAUAUCCAAUUUGGAGACUCUUCUAGACACGUUCCAACAAUUCUACGACCUUCAGAAAUCCUAUCAGGAUUAUCAGAAACAGCAAUGGGAACAGUUGGCCAAUUACAGUGAUUACACAGGAAACAAGGCUGCUCUUCAAGCUCAGUUGGCUAAGAUCAUGGAACUUCAAGAUGGUCAAAGAGAAGGAGAAUUGAAAUUAAACAUCCUCAGUGAACACGUAGCACAGAGUGCUCAUAAUUUAUCCCCUAGAUCAUUAGAAUCCAUGGAAAGAGACCUGGCUACGUUAAGAUUCGAGCAGAAGAAGUUUGCUACUGCGGUGAACGAUAUUAUUCGGUGCAUCGAAGAGAGAAUCCAACAAUGGAGCGAGUAUGAGAAUUCUUUAGAGAGAUUGUUAGCCUGGUUGACUGAUGCAGAGUCUUCUUUGAAGAAUUAUUCGUUGAAGAAUACUUUGGAUGAGAAACAGGAACAGCUUGAAAAAUAUCAGGCACUACAAAAAACUGCCUUGUCGUGGGACACGGAAGUGACGGAACUGGUGGCCCUCGGCGACCACCUGGAUCAAAUAUUGAUCGUGAAUCUCCGGCAAAACGAGGCUGAAUUCGACAAAAUGAGUGAUGAAUCAUCAGAACUGAUGCAAAUCAGUGGUGAAACCAGGUUCUCUGCCAGUGUCCAGCAAAUCACCUCUCGUUUCCAGUCCAUCCAAGCAACUGCUAAGGAACUGGUGAAGAAAUGCGAACAAGCAGUGGCAGACCACGCAGCCUACCUAGAACGCUACAAACAAUGCUCAGAAUGGCUAGCAAACACACGAGUCACCUAUCAGUCCAUCAAAGAAGACAUCAGUGGCACUCGUCUAGAACUCUCCUCGAACGUGGCAACCCUGAAGGAUCUUCUAGCCCGCCAAUCCUCUGCAACUCUCCUCAUAAACAACACAGUGGAAGCUGGAGAGCGAUUGUACCCUACGACAGGCAUGGAAGGCAGAGAAAUCGUUCGUCAGCAACUCUUAGAUCUUCAGCAAGCCUUCGAGGAACUGUACGACGGCGUAGCCUCGACCGAACGUGAAUUACAAUCCAAGAUCUCACGAUGGUCAGGUUUCGACGAUUCCAACGAGGCAUUCGAGAAGUGGCUGAAGACAAUCGAGGCUCAACUGAAACCAGAAAUAGAAUUGAAGACCACACUGGACGAGAAACGAGCCCAGUUGCAAAUUUAUCGCACGUUCUUGCACGACGUACAGUCUCAUCAACAAGACCUACUCGAUCUUCGCGACAAGGUUGACAAUCUUCCCGAUUCCACCGACAAGGUGCAUCAAACUCUGAAGAAACUGAACGACAGACACGCUACAGUGUUGAAACGAGCCGCUGCGUUCGUUGAAAGGUACGAAGGCAUCGUCAGUGAUCAUCAACAAUACAGCAAGGCUGUUUUAGACACCCACGAAUGGUUAGACGCGACCCACAAUGCGGUUAUCCUUUGGGGUGACACAGAACUUGAGCGAGUGUCUCUUCACACGAAUCUUGAUCGUCUGAAGAACCUUCUUCAGAGUCUACCCGAGGACAAACCAAGGGUUCAGCAAAUAAGGACACUGGGAGAGAAGGUGAUCCCAGGUACUUUGGAGUCGGGUCAGAUUAACAUUCGUUCACAGAUAGAUUCGUCUCAACAAGAAUGGGAAAGCUUGGUCACAGCUGUGAAGUCCACUAUCGAGACUCUGGAGAACAAACUUCAGCAAUGGAACGAGUUUGAGACGUCCAAGGAGAGGUGUCUUGCCUGGAUGAGGGAAACCGACACGAAGCUUCACGCUGUCGACUUGAAGCCCACUUUGCAGGAGAAGAAGGAGCAACUUGAGUUCCUCCGUACUCUUCAGGGUCAAGUUCGCGCGAAAGAAUUGGAGAUCGACGCAGUCACAGAGAAGGCUCAACAACUUCACAAGAACAUAACUUCUCGUACUACCCACAUGUCAGAACUGAGCAUCAAGUAUCAGCAGAUCUCGAACAAGGUCAAGGACUUGAACAGUCGCUGGCAUCAGUAUGUCACUACCCAUCAGGAAUUCGACAACCAGAUGGCAGAGUGUACCAGAUGGUUGGACGACAUCAGAAAGAAACUGGCUUACUGCUCAGACUUGGGUGCAUCCUCGCAGAAGGACCUGGAGAACAAAAUGGAAAUUGUUCAGGAUCUGUUGCUUUACAAAGAGGAUGGUUUCGCGAAGGUUCAAGGAAUCGUAGAGCUAGCGCAGGCUGUCUUAGCGAACACUGCACCGACUGGGCACAAAGCCAUCAACGAUGCUGUUGGAAAGCUUCAGGAACAGUGGAGCGCUUUGGCAUCGAAGAUGUUGGAGACCAAGACCAACCUGGACGACUCUAUCAACAAGUGGGCUGGUCUUUUGGAGCAAAUACAAUCCAUGAAUAAGACAGUGGACUACAUGGAGACGGCCUUGAACGAAUUCAUACCCUUCCAAACAACCAUGUCCGAGAAGAGGUGCCAGUUGGAACGUAUAAAAGCUCUUGAAGAGAAGGUCCGAUGCGAGAACAUAGAAGUGGACAGUCUGAAGAUCAAGGUCGCUGAGAUGAUCGCAAGUGGACCUCAAGGCUUAGCAGCAUCACAGGCCCAGAGUAUCUUAAAUAGAUUCGAUACAUUGUUUGAGAAAAUUAAAUCAUUGCUGGUGGAAAGAGAAGAACAGUACAAGGAUCAUCGACUAUACAAGGGAGCUCACGAUGACAUAAUUAACUGGUUGAGUCGUGCUAGAGAAAAGAUCGCAUCUAUGAAACAGAGACCUUUGAGCGAUAAAUUGGCUAUCGAGAACGCGGUCGCUCCUUUAGAAAGCUUGUUGAAUAAGAAGGCCCAGGGAGAGUUGCUGGUGGAACAACUUCAGCAUACUGAGAAGGUCGCCAGCGCCAGUACCAGUCCUCAGGGUCAAGAAAUCCUGAAGAAGGAGGUCCGAGCUUUGACCCAGAGUUUCGAGGAAUUGUUCAGAGAAAUCAAGCAGCAGAAGGACAAACUGGAACAAACCGUCAGUCAAUGGCGCGAUUACAAAGACGAAUACGAAAGACUAAGCGAUUGGUUGCAACAGUUCGACAUUCUCAUUAAGGCACAGAAGAACUCCCUGUUACCAAACGUGAAGGAGAAAGAGAAGCAGGUGCAGGAAGUGAAGGAGAUACUGGAGAACCUGCUCAAAGGCCAAGAGCAGAUCGAUAGGUUCAAUAAGACAGCCUCGGGUCUGCUCUCCUCUCACCUGGACACUUACAUAAACAACCAGCUGCGUCUUUUGAACUCACGAUACCAGGUUCAAGUGAAUCUUGCCAAAGACGUGUUAAACAAAGUGGAGACAAAUUUGGCCCAGCACAAAGAGUACGAGGCUAACUUGGCGAAGACACGUGCAUGGAUAGAAAACGCGAAGCAGAUCAUUCGGAAAGGAACGGAAGCUGCCUCUACCAGUAGUCGCGAAGAAUUACAAAACAGACUGGAUAAUAUUCAAGAGUUGCUGAGGAAGCGAGAGGAGGGUCAGAACCUGGUACACCUAACUGUGAAUUGUGGCGAGAAGGUGAUGAGGAACACCAGGUCAGAUGGUCGCGAAGAGAUCAACGCGCAGUUGAAGGAGAUCCAGAACGACUGGGAGAGACUAGUGAAGAAGAUUUCGACCACCAAGGUCCAUUUGGAGACCAGUUUGCUCCAAUGGGCAGACUACAGCUCGUCUUAUUUACAACUUCAGCAAUGGAUCAACGACAGAGAAGCAAAGUUACAGCAGGUUGCGACCAGGAAAGGUCUAGCUGGACUGAGUUCCUUGGCCAUUGGCGAAAGGAAGGCGAACCUGAGGCAGACCAACAGUAUCGUCCAGGACAUCGUAGCCUUUGAACCCAUGAUACAAUCUGUCACUACUAAAGCGGAGGAUCUUCGGCAGGCUACACCAGCCACCGAGAUCUCGAUUAAAUACAAGACCCUGAGCAAACAGGCGCAAGAAUUAUACGCGAAACAGAAGGAGACUGUUGAGCAACAUCAAUCCUUCAUCGACAGUGGCAACGAGUUCAUUCAAUGGAUACGAGCAGCUAAAGAGAGACUUGGGAAGUAUUCAGAACCCACAGGUGACAAGGAGUGUCUGGCGAAUAAGAUCACUCAGUUAAAGGUUCUCCAAAGCGAGUUACCAGAGGGUCAGAAGAAGCUGCAGCAUGCAUUGGAACAAGGAAACGCUGCUUGCCAGAUCGCUGACGAAGAAGACAAAGAAAUAAUUGAAGAGAAAGUAGCGUUGUUGCAGGAAGAGUACGAUAGCUACGUGGAUUCGUUGAACCAUACGAAGAGCUUAUUAGAAGAAGGCAUCGUGCUAUGGACUGUAUACGAAGAUCAAUUCUCCGAGGCAACCGAAUGGCUCACUCAGACUGAACAGCUGGUGCAAUCCUUCAACAAGUUACAGGAUAGCUUGGAGGAGAAGAAGAAUGUCCUUGAACAAUUCCAGAUUCACCUGCAGACGUUGUUCGACUGGCAGAAGGAGCUCGAUGCUUUGAACAUGAAAGCUCAGAUACUGUUGGACACCUGUGCUGAUACCAGGGUCUCCAAUGCUAUCACCCAAUUUACCACCAAGUACAAUGCACUUUUGUCUCUGGCCAAGGAGAUAAUGAGACGAUUGGAGCUACAUUACCAGGAACACCAACAGCACAAUACCCUGUACCAAGAGUGCCAGGACUGGAUCGAGCGAACUCGAGACAAACUAAGCGAAUGCAAAGAGAUUCCAAGUACCUUAACCGAAGUGAACAAUAAAUUACACACCUGCAAAGCCAUCAGACAGUCCCUGGAGCAAGGUCAAAACAAACUGCGUUACGCUCUUGAGCUAAAGGAAAAAGUAAUCAUGAAUACGGAGCAAAAUGGAGCAGCGAAGAUUCAGGAAGACACAGAGAACCUGAAGACAGAGUUCGAGAAAUUGCUGGUGAAUGUAGAGGACAUCAGACAGAAACUCGCAGCAAGGGCAACCGCGUUGGAGGAGCUGAAUAAGAUCCAUCGACUCACUACCGAUUGGAUCGAGGAGAUCGAGGGCAAGAUCCAACCGGGUGAAAUGUAUAAGAAUGAUCUGAGCGAGAAAAAAGCGGUUUUGGAGAAGUAUAAGACAGUGCAGAGAGAUAUUCAAGGACACGGUGAAACAGUGGAUCGUUUGAAGGCUCGUCUUGCUGAAGACUCCAGCAUACCAGUUGGUCCUUACCAAUCUACCAUCGCGAAAUACGAUGAAUUGAAUAAACUGAUCGCUGAGAAAAUAAAGAACCUGGAGGAGCAAGUGAACGACCAUGAAAAGUUCCAACAAGCCCACAACGAGGCAGCCGACUGGGUUCGACACACAAAGCUGGAAUUGCAACAAAACUGCGACACCCAUGGUGAAAAGGAUCGAAUCAUCGAAAGGGAGAACAAAGUGAACCAAAUCAUCGCUUCCCUUCCCAAAGGAGAAAAUCUGAUCUCUAAAGUGAUCCAACUAAGCGACGCUGUAAUUGCUAGCACCGGUCCGGAAGGCCAGGAGACCAUAAAACAGGAUGUGAAACAGUUGCAAGCAAACUGGAAAUCCUUGCAAGCACAGUGUCACGAGUCGCAGAAGACCUUGUCCAAUUGCAUCUCCAGUUGGUCUCAAUUCACAGCUGCGUUGGACAGUAUGAAGAGAUGGAUAGAUCACUUCCAGAAGAAGGUGAACGACGAACAGGCGAAGGAGAACAAGACUCCAGAAGACCUGGUUCGUUGUAAGAGUCUUGUAGAAGAAGCUAUCCAACAGAAGCCUGUUCUGGAGGAUUUGAAUGAUAAAUGCGAAGCUCUGUUGGAAAUGAGUGCCUGCAGUUGGGCUCGUGACAAGACUGUCCAACUGCAGUCUGCGUAUACAUCUUUGCUGACGGAUAUGCAAGGUCUGGUUUCCCGGGUGGAGAAGAAUCUUUCUGAUCAUACAGAGUUCCUAAAAGCGAAGAAGGAAAUGGAAGAGUGGUUACGUAUUGCACGAGGGUCGGUGCAGGACUGCAUGGGUGUUGGAGACGUUGAAUGGGCGAAAGACAAAUUGGAGACCAUUAAAAUCGUUGCAACGAGGAUCACAGAGGGCCAACACUUACUCUCAACCCUCCAAGAUGCAUUCACAAAAGCAAUCGACACCGCAGUCCCAGAGCAACAGGAGCAAUUAAGAUCAGACAUGGCCGGCCUCCUCUCAAGCUGGGAACAAUUAAGCAUCGACCUGAACACAGUUCAAGCGCAGCUGAAAUCCUUACUGAAUCGCUGGGAAGAUCACAGCGAGGCCCAUGGAAAAUUGAAACGUUGGUUGGAAGUAACAGAGAAGAGUAUCCAAGAGCUGCCAGACACGAAGGGAGAAUUUGGCGACAUGAAGACGUUAUUGGAACGUUAUGGGCAUAUCAAAGAAGAGGUCCGAAAGAAGAAGUCCGAGUUGGAUCAUCUGAUGGAAGAAGCCGAAGAAUUAUCAAAAUUGGCAAAGAAGAACACACCUCUGGAACAAACGAAAGAAUUGCUGAAUCGUUGGCAAAGUUUAAGCAGCACCGUCGACGAAAGAGAGAAACUGAUCGAGAAUGAGAUACAAGAGUACAACGCUUACCAGGCAGCCUUGCAAGAGACCGGAAGUUGGUUGUUGCUGAUAUCCUUCCGACUGAUGGGCCACAAUUCGCUGUACAUUACUAACAAAGAGCAAACGGUCUCGCAAAUUCAGCAACACGAGAAUUUACUUGUCGAAAUCGAGAACUACGCGAGUGUACUCGACGACCUGAAGCUGAAAGGAAACGGGCAGAUCACUCGUUACGUGGCUGCGAACCCGGAAAUCAAAACCAUCAUCGAAACCCAGCUGCAAAAUAUGCAAGAGAGUUACAAUUCUCUACUGAACACCGCGUUGCAGAUCAAGAAACGAUUAGCCGAGUCUCUAGUGAAAUUCCAAGAGUACGAGAACACUUUGGAGAGCAUCAUGAAGAACCUGGACGCGUACGAGCCUGAAAUCGCCCAGGAAAUGGAAGCGCCGUUGGAUACUCUUGAAAUGGCGAAACAGCGAUUCGAAACAGCGCGGACCUUGCACAAUAAGCUUCAAGGCGAGAAGACGCGAUUAGCUUUGGCGGUGGAAGCUUGCGAAGCCGCGGUUGCGUGCGUGUCCAGACCAGGAAGUCCUCUGGAUGCUCCAGCUGUGCAAAUCCCAGCGAGGGAGGUGGAGGUUCGAAAUAAACUUGAGGAAUUGAUCGACCAAGCGCAAGGACAUCUGAUGAACGUCACCAAGUCUCUGCACGAUCUCGAAGAGCAGACCCGACAGAAAAACGUCCUUCGAGCUUGGAUAAAUCAGCAACGAGCUUUGUGCGCCGAAUGGAAGUCUCGGCCAGCGAAAUUGCGUUCCGAAGCCGCGCACGCUGAAUUGCAGGCGAUGAACGAUCUUCUGGGGAACGUUGGCGAACGCAGAACGCACGCGUUGACCGAGCUGUCCCUCCACGAAGGCGAUCACGACAUCGAGGAAGGUCUGAACAAACUUGAAUCGGAAUUGACCGAUGCCAUAGCUGGAAAACAAGCUGCUCAGGAUUUAAUUCAAAAGUAUCGCUCGCAAGUGCAAACUGUUCAAUCCUGGUUGGACGCGUUGUCGAAGAAGGUGGACGUGAUCGAGAAAGGCAACGGACAGACGAUCGGACAGAAGAUAUCGAGUGUGAAAGAGAUCACAGCUGAGUUUGAAUCUCAAGGACCUGGGAAGUUGAACGAGGUGAAGAGCCUCGGUGAUCAAGUGAUGGAUUCCGUGAGCAACCUGGAUUCUCAGCAAAUCGAGGAACAGAUUAAAUCGGUGGAGAGAAGAUACGCUGAUAUCGCUAAGAAGCUGCAGAGAAAGGGACAGGUGCUGGACAUGACGGCUCAGGGUAUAGAAGCGACAAGACAAGAAAUUGAAGAGAACAGAGAUUGGAUACAGCAGAAGAAAGAACAGGUUCAAUUGUCGGAACCAGUGGGAUAUGAUAGCAAACAGGCUGAAGAGAGACUCCUGGCUCUGAAGGCGAUGCUGAAGGAAGCUGAAGGAAAGCAGCUGGUGAUCGACACCUUGGAGAAACGAGUUGGAAACAUGCAAAACGAACUGGAAACCAACGAGCAGCAGCAAUUGGAGAACGAGACGAAAGCUCUGCGCGGAGAACAGGCACAACUCUGCACCCUGUUAACCGAAGGAAUUUCUACAGCUACCGCUGCUGCUGAUGCUCGUCGCAAAUUCGAAGCUGAUUUGGAACGUGCCCGAGCUUGGAUCAAGUCUAAGAGCAACAACCUGAAGAAACUCAGCGGUUACUUACCUCUGAAGGCUGCGAAAGUGGAGCAAGAUAUCGUGCAGCACAAUGAAUUGGAAUCGGAUAUCGAUUCCUUCAGCGAGAAAGAUCUAAAUGAUAUUUUGAAGCAUGGACAUAAUUUGCUGAAGGAAUGCAACGACGAUGAUCGAGCUAAAUUAGAAGGUGUCUUGAACGAAUUGAAUAAGGACUACGAUGAGCUGAAGAGCGAAGCUCGUGAGAAACAGGCAGCAUUGGCGGACCUUCUUCAGGGUCGCAAAGCAUUCGAGAGUGAAAUGGAUAAAUGUAAGAGAUGGGUUAACGAGGCUGAAGUAGCUAUUUCUUCGGAUCUACGAACGUCCAGUAUUGAUAUUCUGCGAGAACAACUUGCUAAGUACGACCGUCUGAAGAAGGAAGCCAAGGACUACGCAGACGACAUCGAGAAGAUCCUUCAACAAGGAAAAUCCAUCCUGCCAACAGUAAGCGACGCUGACAAGUUAGAAUUAAACGAACAGCUUCAGAACAUGAAGGAAGCACACGGCAGAGUAGCUGGAAUCAUAAACGAAAGAGCUGUCGCUCUUCAAAAGAGCAUCGACGAAGCUGAAGAAUCAUUGGCACGAGUAGCCGAGGCAGUACAGUACAUGACCGACGUACAGAAAGAACUUCACGAACUUAAUAAACCGAUUGGUUCUCGCGUCGAAGACGUCGAAGCCAUGUUAGAUGCUUAUGAAAGGAUCUUGAACGAUCUGAAAGGGAAUAAGGCGAAACUGUCUGAUUUACAAUCGGUCAAUGUUGCUGAUCUUCAUGGUGUGUUGACGCAACAGGAUGAUCUUAUAAAAGCCAUCGAGUCUCAGAUCGCUAAACUUCGUCAAUUACUUUUAUUGAGGCAGCAAUUUAUCGCUUUGAUUACCGAAAUUACCACCUUCAUUGCUAAAUAUACAGAGAUUGUCAGGGACAUUGAGAACUCUGGGCAAACCAUAGAAGAAAAGAUUAAAAGGUACGACGAUGCGAUUUUGAAGAUUCAAGAAUGCGAAGCCACCCUCGCCAGUGCAACAGACAAAGGCCAGCAAAUCGCGGCGGAAGGUUCCACUGCAGAUAGAAACAACAUAACAGAACAAUUGCAAUCAUUGAAACAACAGCUUCAGGGUCUAAGAAGAGCUGUGGAGACUCAGAGAGAGCAACACGAGUUGGCUGCAGCAGAGCACAAGAGACUAGCGAAUGAAUUAGCUGAGAUUCUUGAUUGGUUGGAGGAUAAAGAGAAGGAAGUAAAAUCCAGACCACUUCUAGAAAGAGAUCCAACCAGUGUCGAAGCUGAACUGAAGAAGCAUAACGAGCUUUGCGAGGCUGUUAAUGAACAUCUAGAUAGAAUCAGAAAUCUAAAGAAUUCUAUGCCUUACGAAGAAGGUAUGCCUGGGUCGUUGAAAGAGAUGCUUAGCGAAGCUGUUUCUCUGUUGUCGUCUUUGCCAAGGGAAAUGGAGGAACGUGGCAAUUAUUUGGAAAGUAACAUGAAAAUGCGACAGGAAUAUGCUGCGUUGACUGAUAAGCUUCGAAACUGGGUUCGUGAAGCGGAGAUCCGGUUGGAAAGCGACAAGGAUGGGCUCGAUUUUGAGAAUAUUCUCAGUGAUCUUGAGGAACACAAGAUUUACUUCAGCAGCGAGCCCUCCAUUCGCGAAUUAGUGUCUCAACAGAUCCAACAAGCAGCCGACAAAAUCUGGCCAUCUCUGAACACCUCCGAGCAAGAAGAGCUGAGCGCGGAACAACAGCAGCACACUCAGUUGUUGAAGAACACUUUGAACACUGCUAAAUCACAUCGUGCGAGACUGGAACAAGGUGCUGAAACGUGGAAGGAUUACACGCAAACUUUGGAACGUGUUCGUGCUGUCAUCGCAAGAACAAGAUUCACUGAUGAACCUGUCACCACACUAGCUGGAUUGCAAUUCAAUAUUCAGAAAAUCACGCACGCUCUAAACGACAUACAAAAUCAACAAUUCGAAUUGGAUCUCCUAAACGAACGCAGUCGCGAGGUGCUUCGUUUGGCUGAUGAUAACAAUAAAAAGACUAUAGAAGAGCAAAUAUCGGAGAUCAGUUCUGAAUGGAAAAAAUUGGUGUCUGGAUUAGAAGGUCGUAGAGAUGCUUUGGAAGCAUUGUCGAAACAUUGGGAAGACUUGGAAACGCAAUGGUCCCUCAUUGAAACUCGUGUAAACGCGAUUGAGGAAAAGAGUAGACUUUUGGACACUGUGAUUCGGUCGAAGCAGAGCUUGCUCGAUACCAUCAAAGCUCUACGUGAGUUAGUGACAGAAGCUGAGAAGCUGAAACCAUUGACAGAGGAGGUGAAAGCCCUGACAGGACCUGUUCUAGCAUAUCUGGCUGCUUUCACAGAAGCCGCAGCACUCGCACUCGAAGAGAAACUGAAGAAAUUGCAGAAUUCCGUCGAAUCGCUCGUCGACUCUCUGCAGAAGAAAUCGAAGAAGGCGGACGAGGACUUGGAGGCGUUCGAGAGCACCGAGCGUGAGAUCGAGCACCUGAGGAAACGUCUGAACGAGGCGCGCGAACGCGCUUCGGGCUUUUACAUAUACGGACCGAAUCAGGACUCUACCGAGGAGGAAUUAGAAGCGUUAUCCUCGGCGGUCGGCGAGGUGCUGGAGGUAGCGAAAAAAUUCUCAGGAAGCACUAAGGCGCGGUACCAAGCUAGCCAGCAGCUUGUACCCAGCGAUCUUGCUCAACAUUUGACGGCAUUGGAACUUUGCGCCGAAGCGACCGCUCAAGCGAUGGAGGAGAAACAGAGGGAACAGAAACGUGCCCGGACCGUCAGGUCGGAUUAUCUUACCGAUCUGGACGAGGUUCAAGCGUGGAUAAGACAGGCGGAACUGAAGGUACAGGACAGAUCCAUCGAACCGAUCCCUCUGAAGGAGCAAUUGAAACAGGUGCAAGACGAAUUGGGCACGAUCACCGACAAGCUCGAACGAUUAACGAGAAACGGCCGUACCAUCGGCGAGAACACGAGAGACGAGACCGAGAAACAAUUAAUCGACAGCACCGUUCACAACGUUACCGAACAGUUGAACCAAGUACGAACGUGGUUAGACAGUAGGAAACAAGUGGUGGCUGAUACCAUCGACGCUUGGCAGAGAUUCUUGACGUUGUACGAAGCCGUGAAAACGUGGACAGAGGAGAAGAGACAGUUCCUAGUUGAGCCAUUGAAGCUCAGCACCCUUGUGCAGGCCAGGCAGAGGCUGCACGAGUACUCGACAGCCGUAAAGAGCUGCAAACAAAUCAACAAGAAUCUCAGCGACAUGGGAAAAGAGCUCGAAAGUAUCGGUCAGGUGUGCAGCGUGGGCGAUUUGCCCGAGAAAUUGUUGGAAGCUGAAGAGGCGAAGGUUCAGGUGGAAGGUCAACUGUUGGAAAGGAACGCGCUGCUGCAAGAAACAAGCGAGGAAUGGGAGCAAUGCGAACGAAAAUUAAAAGAAUCGAGAACGUGGAUCGAGAAAGCGAAACAAAGUCUCGAAUCGCAGCAAAAUAAAAAGAAACCGUUAAGGGAUCAGCAUAGUAUGCGGGAGAAAAUGUUGAGCGACGUGACGAUACAGAAAACGAAAAUCACUCUUUCGAUGGAGAAGCUUCAGGUUCACUUCCGUUCGGGAAUCGGCGGUGAUAGAAAAAUUGGGGAUACCGUAGACGAGUUACUGGCUGAAUUAGACGAUCUUAACACCACUGUGAAAGAACAGACGACAUCGUUAGAGGCUUGUUUAGCGCAGAUCGAUCAAUAUCAACAGGAGAUUCAACAAUUGAGGCAACAGAUAAUGCAGGUGGAGCAGCAACUGAGGACGGUAUUGAGCCCUACUUACCUGUCCAACGACAAGGAGAAAGCUUUACAGGAGCAACAGCAGAGCCUGCAGCUAAGGAUGGACGAAUGGAGGCAACGGAGCAAGAUACUCCUGGAUCAAAUAUACACCGUGGACCCGUACUAUGUACAGAGCAACGAGAAUCGGCCGAUCAAUCAAGUAUCGUACGCGGACAUCGCAGCUGGUCGUACCAGUCCGAGUUCCAGGGGUUCUAGCCCAUUCAGAAACCCCCGGGACGAAACGACCCCUCUGUCCAUUCAGGUGUUGAGACCGACCGCCCAAUUAUCCAUCCAGAAACCGGUCGUUCCACCCGAUAGUUCACCGUCUCGUGUCGUUAGCGGCAAAGAAGAAGAGGCGAAGGUGGUCGAAGAACCGGAGGAGCCGAGAGAACCUGAAGCGAAAGCAACGCAGCACGUGUCCAAGAUAGACUCCGUCGAGACUACGCCUAAAUACAGAGCCCAAUCUAGAAAAGCGACCUUCGUUAGAAGAGAAGCCGAAGCGGUUAAAGAAUCAACAACCGUGGAGAACGUUGAAUCUCCUAGGUUGACGAAGAGAGAACCGAUGUCACUGAAGAACACCUUGGCACCCAAGGAAGAGAGGAGGGGUAGAUCGGCAAGUCCCAUAUGGAUGCCUGGCUCGACUUCCUACGCGGAUAUUCUUCGUGGAAGCAGACAGACUUCCAGAAGUCCUUCGGUCGAGAUCGGCCGGGGUGCUAGAUCCAUCUCCAAGGACAAUCCACCUGAUGUGUCUAGCUCGGAAGGUGAACAGGAGAAGGUUGACCUGAAAGUUCCUACGGUUGAAGUUGAAGAACGUACCGAGGAGAUUGUUGAAGAGCAACCGAGUCAGAUAGUAGAGAUUUAUCAAGAGGCUGAAGUUGCUGAAGUGCAAACUACUGAGAAAGUUUCUGAAACGAAAACCAGCUGGGCUGAUGAAGCUAUGGAAGACUAUGUCAUGUUGAAUGAAGCUGGUUAUGAAAACGUGGCAAGACCUCAGCCAGUACCAGAGAUGUACAAUUAUAUUCAUCCACCUAUACCGGAACUGGUGGGUUACAUAGGCUCUCAGAUCGCGUAUCCGGUUAGUUCCUACGUCUACAUGCCGGCUGCGCCUCAGCAAAUCGCUAUGCCUCAUUAUCCUGAAAGUCAGAUAGCCUUUCCGCCGGAACACUACGUGGCGCAGCCUAGUUACGUACCGGAAACGGAGAUCUAUCAGCAGAAUCAGUUCCAGAAACAACAACCGAGGCAACAUCAUUCAUCCAAGUUUAAGAAUCCAACGAAAUCUCCGAUAACGGUGCAGAAUGUUGAAGAGAAGUGUCAGGCACCACCUGGUUUGGAAGUGCAACCGGUUGUCCAACCGGAAGCUGUCGAACCUGAAAAGCCAGUGGAGCAGGAACAACCUGUGUCGUCUUCAGAUGCGAUUAAGCAGAAGAAUACAGGUUCCAGUGAGAGUAAAACCUUUUCCUAUGCUCAGAUCUUGUCUCAGGGACUUAGUACUCGACCACCUGUUACUAGUUCCGUUUCUUCAACAACGAGUUCGGUGCUGAGACAGGUGAAAGAACGAUCUGGUUCCCCAGCAACCUCGACAUCCUCGGUGCACGAGCACAGUCCUCCUCAGGAUGUGAGACAGGCGAGAGAGUCUUCGGUAACUAAACAGGAAACGAGACAGGAAGAGUGGGACAUCACGAAGAAACGGGAAGGAAGGAAGACUCAUCAGGAUGCGCCUAAAUCGAGGAUUCCUGAGAAGAGAGCUCGAAGGACACCUGAGAAAUCUCAAGAAAAGUCUCAGAAAGAGAAGAAAGGUACAGUGGAGCAGAGGAAGGAAGCACCCGAAGUGAAGAGCAGAGAAACUUCUAUAGAUAUUUCAGUUAGUUCUGAAAAGAGUGAAGCUGAAAUUAAUAAAAAGGAGAAACGAGGCGAUGUUGGUCAGGAAAAGCAGGCAUUUGUUGAAAAGGAGAAAGAAAGGGAGAAAUCAGAAGAGAAACAAAUAGGCAAAUCUCAGGAGAAGAAACGAAAGACGAAGAAGAAGAAGAUGGAGAAAACGGUGGAUGAUGAGAUUGAGAAAGCUUUGAAGGAAAUUGAAGACAUGGAUAAGCAGAAGAAGAAUCAGAGAGACAAAUCGAAAGAACAGAUUAAGGCUAAAGAUACCAGUCAAGAAAAAGCUAAAGAAGAAAGUGAAAAGAAGAAUGCGAAGAGCAGCGAGAAGAAGAAGCAGAGUAAACAGAAGGUUGAGGCGAAGGGUAAGGAUGAGUCAGUGAUUGCUGAAACUUCGAUGACUCAGUCUACCAUUAAGGAACAGGUUAAAUCGAAGGACGAUGCUAAAGAAAGCAAAGACAAAGAUUCUGAGAAGAGGAAUGUUAAAGACGACGUCAAGGUGAAAGGAAAAGAAACAAAAGGGGAAGUUCGAAAGGUUGAGCCUGAAAAUAUUGACACAACUAAGCCUGAAGUAAAAAUAGAACCAACGAGUGAAAUUUCAGGGAAGAAGGUUGAGGUGAAAGAAGAAAAGAAAGAGCCUUCGUCGAAGAAGAAACAGAAAGGUAAAGCUAAAGAUGCGAAGGUUGAAAAUGAUGCGGAACAAAUUAAAAAAUCUGUUACUGUUGAGAAAGAACAAGUAACUAAAAUGGAAGCUUCUAAAAAUGCUAGAAAUCUACAAGAAAAGAAACAAGAUGAGUCGAGGAAAGUGGAUGAAAUAAUUGAAACUAAACUUGAAUCGAAGGAUAAAUCUAGUGAACCAAUAAUACCGAAGGAACAAAAUAAACCUAAAGAAAAUGCGAAAGGUAAGGGUAAAAAGAAAGAGCAGAUACCUAAGAAACCCACACAAGAGAAGGAUUCUGAAGAGAAAUCAGAUGUAAUGAAAGAUAACAAAGCAGAAGAAAUAAAAUCAGACUCUGAUGUAAAAAUACAAAGAGACAAUAAAGGCAAGAAAGCAACAGGGAAAGUAGAGAGAAGAAAGAGCGAUGAAAUGAAAAAAGGUCAGAAGAAAGAUGAAGUGAAAUCUGAAGUUGAAUCGAAAACAGACAUUGAAGAAGAACAAAAGGCUGCAAUGAGUGCAUUAGAUCGUGCAAUAGAAUCCGGGGUAGACAUUAGAUCCAGAGAAUCAAGUGUAUCGAUAAAAUCAGAGGUACCAACCCCGGAGAAGGUAGAAAAAGAAGAACUUGCAAUCAAGAAAUCAGUAAAGGAAGAUACAAAGAAACUCAUUGAGUCGGAGAAACAGACUAAAGCAAAAGAUAAAAAGAAGGUGAAGAAAGAAGCUGAUGCUGGUCUGAAAACAACUUCUGAAACAGAAAGAGUUCUUAAAGAAAAUGUAGAUAAGAUUGAGGAGAAAUCAAUAAUUGAAGAAAAGAGUGUUAGCGAACGAGUUAUUGUAGAAGAAAUAAAGAAGGAAAGUUUGGUACAAGAGAAGGAACAGCCAGAGAAAAAGAAGAAGAAACAUAAGAAAUCCAAAUCACCGAUGAAAGGAAAGAAAGAAGAAAGUUUGAAACCUUCCUUAUCACUAGAAGAAAAAGAAGAAUUAAAGGAAAGAGAUGAAAUAGAAGCAUUAAUGCUUGAAUUGGAAGAAAAGUGUGAAGUUAAACAAAUAUCUAUAAGUGAAGAAAAAAUCGAAAGCAAAUCCACAGAAAAUAUCGUUAAAACUGAUAAGAUUGAUCAAGACGAAAGUUCAAAAGAAUUAAAAGAAUACAGUGAAGAUAAAGUAUCUUCUAUUAAAGUCAUUGACAAUGAUUCUGUUACUGUCCCUGAAGUUCCAUUGCCAGAAACAUCCCCAAAACCAGAAACAGAUGAACCAACUCCUACACCACCAAAAUUGAAGAAACCAGGUAAAUCAAAAGAGAAAAUUACCGAAAAUAUUCCUCCAACCAGCAUCACUGAACCCAAAGAGGAACCUAAAGCCAGUCAACCAGGUACACCAAAGAUGGAGAAGAAGAAGAAAAAGAAACAAGAACACAAAAACAUAACUGAAGAAAAGACAGUUACCACAAGUGUAGAUCAGAAAGCUGACAUCCAAACCGAACUAAUUAAAAAUGAACCCCAGGAAUUAAUAAUCAAAGAAACUAUUAAAAAAGAUGAAAUACCAUCAUCGUUGAAAAUUGAAGCUCCAGCAGCUGAGGCUAAAACGGAUGCCGAUGAAACUUCUAAUGACUUAAAAGUUCAUGACGAAAAAUCAAAUAAAGAAGAAACGAAUGAAGUCCAGACUUCAGAUCCAAUUUCACCAGUCGAUUCAACAACAGGCAAAGCAUUGAUCAUCGAAAAGACGAUCACAACAGUGACGACGACGACCAGCAUCCCCGGCUCUGUGGAAGUGAAACCACCCGAUGUGAAAUCCGUGAAAUCCGUAGAGAUCUUAGAAAGCAUCCCCUUACCCAAGAUCGUAGGCUCCAAACCCACCGAACUAAUCACCCUGCGUCCCGAAACAGUAGAGGCUAGCCUAACAACCAGAUAUGCUAGGGUUGCCGAUGAUUCAGCCAUUGGUAUUCCUUCGAAAGAAUCGUUAGACACUUUAGGAGAGAAGUCGAAUUACGCGAUCUAUAUCGACAGUUUGACUGGUAAUGACGAGCCAAUUCUGUUUGGUAGCGUUCAGGAUAGGAGGAGAGGUCGUUCUGGGACUCCUUUGUCGCCUAGAUCUGUAGGAAGCGUAAAGGACGAACAGGAUUCUGAUGCUUUAGAGAAGGAGCAGGGAUAUGAUUUAGAAGUUACACAAAAUGUUAAUGCCGAAGAGUGUAGGGAAUUUAAAUCUGGACAUCCGGAGAUAUUGAUGUUGAAGUGGGAGGGUGGAAUAGGAGGAGAAAAGGGGGACAAAAGUGAAAAAGUGGAAGAGAACGUUAGGGAAGAUAAAUCGAGUUCUAUUGUUGAGGAGUCAAUUAGGGAAGAAGUAAAGAAAACAGAAGUAUCUAAAGUUGACGAUAAAGUAUCUAUUAUUGAUGAUCAAACAAAACUUUCAGAAAUUACAAUGGACGAUUCUAAACAUAAAAAGGAAGAAAUUGUGCCCAUUACUAAGGAAUUAGUUAAGGAAGAAGUGAAGAAAAUAAAGGUAAUUGAAGCUGAAAAUGAAGUAUCCAUUGUUAGCGAUCAAAUAGAACUUCCAGAAGUUAAAACACAUGAUUCUAAACCAAAAAUCAAGGAUGUUAUUUCCUAUUAUUACACAGACCUAAUUAAACCGUAUUGGAUUAAUUAUCACAAUUACAUGGAAGCUGAAAAUGGUUUCUAUAAAAGUUUCAAAGUAAUGAAGGUGGAGGAAGAAAAUGUACCUCCUUCUCCACCUCCAGAAUCCACAAGGAUUGAGAAAAUUGUUCAGGAAUCGGUUAUGAAGAAGCCUGAGGAGGAGCAGGAAGAAGAUAUAGAAGAAUCAGAUGCUGAAUUUAGGAAACGUGCUUUGAUUACUGAAUCUGUUAAAUAUCCUGUUUGUACGUUCUAUGAAUUGGAAAGUGAAUGGGUAAUGUCUAAGCAGAGGAAAGAUAAAGAGGUUGUAUCUACUUCUUCUGAAGAAUCUAAUACCAAUAGUGUUAUUGAAAUCAAGAAAGAGGCUUUAGAGGUGCAACCAGAAGAAAGGGAACCUUUGAAGUCAGUAACCUCUGAUGCUGAAGCAAUUCCGAAAAUAGAAAAAAGUGUCGAUAGAUAUACAGUUAAAAUUACUGAGGAACCUACAGACGCAGCUUUGAAAGAUCAAUCAAUAGAGAAACUCGAAGUCACAGAAGUCAAAGAAGUCAAAGAAGUCAAAGAAGUUAAAGAUGUCGAAGAAGUCAAGGAGGCUAUUAUUAAUGAUAAAGCAGUAACUGAAUAUAAAGAACCUAACGUGUUAUCUACAACCAUUAAAUCUGAUGAUGUGAAUAAAAGACCUGAGACAGCAAAAGCAGAGAAAGAAAUUGAAAAGAAGAAACCAGACGCUCAGAAGAAACAGAAAAAGAUGGUUGAAGAAAAGUUAAAAGUGGAAGCAGAAAAACAUAGACAACCUGAAGUCCCUAUUGAAGAAGCUAUUAAAAUAGAGCAACCAUCACUAAAAGUUGAAGAAGAAACAAAAUCUAUAACUGAAUUACCUGAAGCAGAAAAAGUUAAAGAAGAAAAACAACCUGAAACAAAGAAAGAAGAAAUGAUUGAAAGCACAAGUAUAAUUGAACAGGAGUUAGAAAAGAAGUCUGCUUCUGAAAAAACAAAAUCUUCCAUCGAGUCGAAGAAAAAGGAUGACGUUAAAACACCAACGAAAGAAGAAAAGCCUUCACUACAAGAGAAUAUUACCUUAAUCGAAACAACAACAACAGAGAAAUUAAUGACUGGUAAAGUAAGUGAAAAUAAACCACCAGAAAUUGUGUUGAAAGAAGAGAAGGAUAAACCUAUGGACAAGUCUAAGAAGGAAGAUGCAAAAGUGUCAGCAAAAUCAGGAAAGCAGAAGCAGCCGAAAGAAAAAGCUGAUGGCAAAAUAAAAUCAAUACCAGAAAAGGAAGCAAAGAAGCAAGAUAAACAAGAAACUAGUUCACCAGAAGCAAUGAAGAAACGAGAAGAAACAUCAAAGAAAGAAAACGAAGUUCCAGAAUCAAUACCUAAAGAAACUGUAGUUGAAAUUUCUGCAGGAGAAGACAAAAAAGAAGAAAGUCAACCUGAAAUGAACGACGUCCCUAAAGAAGAAAGUCAGUCACCAGUUUGUACCAAAUCUUGGGCAUCUGUGGUUGGUAUGAAAAGCGCCACUGAUAUUACUGUCCCUGAAGAAAGUCAACAAGUUAUAACAUCCCAGGAAUCAUUGAUGGAAGCUCUGAAAGUUGAAAAGGUGGAACAGAUAGUUGAAGUUGCAGCUGAAGAACCUCAAAGUCUACCAACACAGCAGAAACCAACGAGACAACAAAAGAAGAAAGAUGCGAAACAAGAAAAGGGGGGCAUUGAAUUAAAACCUUCUGUUCCUGUAGCAGAAAUUGAUAAAGAAAAGUCCAAAAUCGAGAAACCCGAGGAAUCUUCAGAAGAAAUCAAUAAAAUUACUUCUGAAGAACCUCAGAGUCCACAAACACAACAGAAACCAGCGAAACAAAAGAAGAAAGAUACGAAGCAGGAGUCAUUGAUGCAGGCUCUAACAGUUGGAAAAGUGGAGCAGGUGGUUGAAAUUGAAGCUGAGGAACCUCAAAGUGCAUCAACACCACAGAAACCAACGAGACAACAAAAGAAGAAAGAUGCGAAACAAGAAAAGGGGGACAUUGAAUUAAAACCUUCUGUUCCUGUAGCAGAAAUUGAUAAAGAAAAGUCGAAAACCGAGAAACCUGAGGAAUCUUCAGAAGAAAUCAAUAAAAUUACUUCUGAAGAACCUCAGAGUCCACAAGCACAACAGAAACCAACGAAACAAAAGAAAAAAGAUAAAAAGCAAGAGAAAAGCAACAUAGAAUUGAAAGCUUCUGAAACUGAAAUUGAUAAAAAAGAAUCGAAAAUUGACAAAUUUGAAGAAUCAACAGAACUGACAACAAAAGAAUGCAACAAAUCAUAUGCUCAGGUUGCAGCUGCUGCUCGAAGAACCCCUCCUCAAGAAGAUAUCAUUCUAAUGCAACCAAUUCCUCUGAAAUAUGACCAGAUUAUAGACGAAGUACCUGAAGACAAGAAAAUUACUGAAAUAGAAGAAGUAACACCUACUACAAAGUUAAUAAGUGCACAAGAAAUAGAAGAACCUUCUAAAUCUGAAGAAAUUUCAGUAACAGAUUUUAAAAUUGAUGAAAAAGACAUGUUUAAAGUGGAAUCAACCUCCUGGGUAGAAGAAAUCGAGAAAGAAGCUCUAGAAGUCGAAGACAACAUAGAUUCUUCAACUUCGAACCUAAUAGAAAUUGUUACUCCUGAAACGAUGAAAGAUUCAUGGGCUUCCAUAGUGGGCAAGCACGUAGAAUUCAUGGAACCUGUUCCAGCACCCUCUCCCGAAAAGAUUGUGGUGAAGGAAGAGCAAGAUUCGCCUCCGCACGUACAGAUUCACGUCGAAGAAGCUCCAGAACCGGUCCCAAUCGAAAAAGUUGUUCAAGUUGACGAACAAGGGUUCAUAGAGUUCGUGAAUCGACGAGAACUACGAUCCAGAAGAUCCAGAUCUAGAUCUAGGAGUAUUAGAAGAGAAGAUACAACUUCGAAACACGUUACUGAUAAGACAAGUUCUGAUGAAGAACAAAAGAAGACACAGAAAGUUGAAGAGCAAAAGAAAAGUAAAGAACAGAAGGAUAAAUCUAAAAAAGAGAAGAAUAAGGGUAAAACAGGUGAUGUGAAUGCUGAUCAAGGUAAAGAAAAAGAGAAUGACAAUGCAAUGGUAAGUGAGGUCGAUGAAAAAGAAGAGAAAAUGGAACAGUUGAGUGAUCAGAAGGUUCAGAAACAGCCAGAGAAGAAAGAUCAUUCAAAGAAUAAAGGUAAACCAAAAAGAGAUACGACUCAAGAAACCAAAAAAGUUGAAGAAAAGGAUCAGUUGAAGGAGGAGAAGCAAGAAGCACAACCUGAAAAACCUGAGAUUCUAGAAGAUAAACCAGUUGAUGUAGAUGAAAAGAAAAAUAUCGAAGAACCAAAAACAGAAGUGAAAGAACAACCUACCAGUACUUCCAAGAGAAAUAAAAAAUCUAAGAAAGGGAAGCACGAUAAGGCACAAAAUAAGGAAGAACAUGAAAGCAAAGAACAAGUGAAGCAAAUGGAUACAACGAAGACACAAAAAGAAGACCCAGAACAGCUAAAGAUUGAAGAAAUUAAAGAAGAACCAACACCAAUUGCAAAACCUGAAUCAACAUCAAAAUCAGCAAAACGUAAAGAAAAAUCCAAAGAUAGAAAAAUGGAAAAUUUAACAAAAGCAAUAGAAACCCCAGUUGAAGAGAAGAAAGUGUUUGAAUCUGAAGUCGAAGAAGAAGUAAAAACUGAUAUGCAACAGGAACACGUAAGUAAGGAAAAACCUGACGUUGCUGAUUCUGGAGUAGAUGUUACAAAAGAAAAGUUUCAGGUGCCAGUGAUUGAAGAAAAAGAUAAAGUAACAGAAAAACCUGAAGAAGAGUCCACUGUGCCUUCCAAGAUACCUGUUGAAGAAAAGGUUGCAGAUAAUAAAGUACAAAUGAAAGAAGAUAAGGAAGAAGAAGAAGAGGAAGUGAAAUCCAAACUUUCAUAUCGAGAAAGAAGGAAACGAAAGAAGAAGGAAAAAUCACGCGCAGACAAGCAGAAGAAUGAAGAAAUAGAAACAGAUGCUUCAGAAACUACUAAAAAAGAUGAAACAGAUGUAAAACCUGUAAAAUUGGAAGAAGAAAAAUUAACACUGGCCCCUGAAUCAAACCAAGAGAAAGAAAUAAAGGAAAAUAGCAAAGAAACUAAGAAACCAGUUAUAAAAGUUGCUGAAGUAAUUGUCGACGAGAUAAAACUUGCACCUGAAACGAUGCCUAAAGUAAUACCUAAAGAAAAAACAGGAGAAGUGCCAAAAUUGAUUGAAGAAACCCAAGACCCAUCGAAAUUAACUGAAGAAAUAUUAAAAACGUUGACAGAUACAGUGAAGAAAUAUGUAAGUGAGGAAGAACCUGCUCCUGAUCCUAAAGAGAAGUCGAAACGUAAAAAUAAGCAGACAAAGAAGGGUAAACGCGAAGAACAGGAAUCAGCAAAGGUUACAGAUGAAGAAGUUAAUUUAUCGCAGGAUAAAAAUAUUCCUGUUGUAAUGGCUGACGAGAUUUCAAAAGAUACUGCUCAAGAAAAAGUUGUAUCUGAAUCACAGAAGAUAGAGGUUCCUGAAAAACAGGAAGUUGUGGUUGAAAGAAGCGAUGAAGUAAUGAAGGAAGAUACUAAAGUUUUGGAUACUUCAGCAACUACAAUUACACAAGAAGUUGAUCUUGAUAUUCAGACCACCACAGAAAACAAGGAAGACCUAGUUAAAGUCUCAAAGAAAAUUGAAGAAACUCCUGAAGUUCUUCCUGAAGAAGAAAAGGUUUCUCAGCAAGUUGAAGCAAUUCCUAAAAUUCUUCCUGAAGAAGAGAAGAUUUCUCAUAAAGUUGAAGCAAUUCCUGAAAUUCUUCCUGAAGAAGAGAAGAUUUCUCAUAAAGUUGAAGAAACUCCUGAAAUUCUUCCUAAAGAAGAGAAGGUUUCUCAUAAAGUUGAAGCAAUUCCUGAAAUUCUUCCUGAAGAAGAGAAGGUUUCUCAUAAAAUUGAAGAAACUCCUGAAAUUCUUCCUAAAGAAGAGAAGGUUUCUCAACAAGUUGAAGGCACUCCUGAAAUUCUUCCUGAAGAAGAGGUUUCUCAUAAAGUUAAAAGCACUCCUGAAAUUCUUCCUGAAGAAGCGAAGGUUUCUCAUAAAAUUGAAGAAACUCAUGAAAUUCAGCCUGUAAAAGAAAAGAUACUACAGCAACCUGAAGAACCCCCUAAACCUUCACCUGCAAAGGAGGAAGUAUCACAGAAAAUUGAAGAAACUCCUAAAUCUGUACCUGCAGAAGAAAUAGAAGAAAUCGAACCAUCGAUUGUAAAAGAAUUAGAAGACAUGAUCCAAGACACUGAUCAAAUCCCUCAAGCAAAUAUAGCCAUAGAAUCGUUAUUAGACGAACUUGAAGCACCGAUCGUGAUUGAUUCCUUUGAUUCCCAGUUAGAAACUGAAGAAGAAUUCGAGAAGUGCAUAUCGAGUGAGCCAGAAAUAAAGACAGCUGAUAUCGUGAUCGAACCAGCGAAACCCAAGGUACAAUUUUAUAUAGCAGACGAGAUUUUGGUUUUAAGUCCCGAGAAAAAGAAACCAGUCCAGACCCCAUUGAUCUUGCAAACUCUAUCAGAAAUCAAUGGCUCUAUCAACAAAUCGAAGUUCCUUUCCCUUGACAGCGGUUUCUGGCCAGACAAACACCCUUAUCACGAAGCUGAACGUUAUCUCUUCGAGAACUUAGCUAAUUACACGAAGCAAAAACCUUCCAGCGAGGUGAAUCGCGAUUCAAAUGACCCCGACAACUUCGAUGGGGAUCACGAUGGUAGUUUAAACGAUCGUGGAGGAAACGGCGGUCCCACGAACCCGUACUUUAUGGGUGGACCCCAUACCGAACGUUUGAUCGCUGAUCUCCCUGGAGGUAUAGGUAGCUGGAGCGAUUAUAGUACUUACUUGUCGAGCGAAAACGAGCAGAGAACAGAUUUUCUUCAGGAAAAUGUCGAGAAUCCAACGUCAGAUCUUACUCUUCACGAAUCUCUUUCUGAAUUAUCCUCUAUACAUUUCGAAGAUCAACAGUCCGCUUCCAAACGGGACGAAUUUUCUUUGGAGUAUCCUCCAUCUGAAAUAACGUUAGAAAAUUCCAAGGAGCUGAGAUUUCAACUGGUACCCCAUCGCGAAACGUCCAUUUCAGACGAACAACCUCCAACCAUCGAGUCCACCUCGUUCCAUCGACAACUAGAACCCAUUGAUUCCGAACCGUACGAUUCAAUCGUUCCGUCAAGCAACCCUAUCCUCACUCCAGAACCCAUAGAACAUUUAGGUAGAGAAAGAGCAUCGAUGCAGCGGCACACUCCGAAUGCGGAGGCGGAGAAAGAGACGGUGGUAGCUGAAGAUGAGGCUGAAAAGAGGAUACAAGGGAUCAAGGACAUCAUACAGGAGCGUCUGAUGGUUUUACAGCUGAGUCUAUCGAACCUGAAAGGAACUCAUUUGCCACGAGAUAGCAUAGAUUCCAUGCUGUCUGCACUCACGAAUUUGCUGAUCGAGCUUCGUGGUUACGAGGAAGAAACAAGACAAUUAGAGGAGGAACUACAUAAAAUUCCAGCUGAUUCUGAAGCACAAAGGCUUCUGUCUAAUUUGGAGGAGGUUCAAACAAAAAUUACCACGCUUUUGACCCAAGCUGAACAAGGAAAAGCGACUUUAGAAGGUGCACGUGGACAACAGGUGCAACGUGGUCAUGACAUUCAUGCUUAUAAACAAUUUUUGGACGAAACCGAUGCCUGGCUGAAGAACAUUGUUGCGAGCAUGAAGGAAGAGCAACCCCUUACUACGAACAAGGCUUUGCAGGACGAGUUAAGCAGUCACGCGCAACGGGUAUCGGAGCUUGAAUCAUUGCCAGAAAUCAGCACGCUGGCAAAGGUCCUGAAGAAUGCUCUGUUGGAGGUGAUGUCUCGUCUGCAGCAAAGGCAGCAGGAGCAAGGUGACGAGGAAGCUCGAGCCGACGAAGCGUCGGACCGAGAUGACGCUACCCUCGAUCAGGCACCCUCCAUUCAUUCGUCCCUCGAGAGUAGCAUGCCAUCUUUGGCCGACGUUUCCCUGCAAACUGGUCAAAGUCUUCUAGAAAACGACGUCGUUGAGAAACCGCAGCAAGUGUCUAAACAGACAUCCACGAAUCAAAUGCCGCCAUCAACGGUGUGUCACUCGUUGACAACGCAGACGGUGGACACGAUGCACCCUGACAUUGAGAAUCCCCAAACCCAGGAGACUAUAAAGAUCCUGAAGACCACAGAGGGUGAUCACGACGUGAUCGAAAUAGCCACGAAGAAUCUACCCUCUGCAUCGGUCCAAGAAAUCGUUCAAGAUCGUCCUGACACCAUUGCUGAAGACAUCGUCGUCGACAUGAAGUAUCAGGAUCCAACGAACAAGGACAACACUACUAGCGAAUUGAACAUCUUCCAUGCUGUUCCGCAGUCUUUCGAAACGGUCCUGGUCGAACCGGACGACGUGACGACCGAGGUGGUAGUAGACGAAGACGGCUCGAAGAGGAUCAUCGUGAGGAAACUGAGACGAACCACGAUGACUAGUAGACAAACCACUCAACAACACUUGUCAUCCAUGUCGACAGCGAUCGGAGACGCUCCAUCCAUGGUGCACGCCUUCUCUGAAGCCACCAUGAGGAACCAGCAGGUCACUGUCACCACCGCCAAACCAAACGGCACCAUAGAAACGAGCACCAAACAGAUUUACGGAGGAAGAGUGGCCACUGGAACACCGUUCAAAGACGUGAACGUAGAAGAAUACGAAUCAGCUCCGCAGUACACUCAUGUAGUAACUCAAGGACAAAUAAGAGACAUCAGUCCGCAGCCUCUCGAAGAAGGUAUCCUGAUGGAGGGCGGUGAAUGCCAGGCGAAGACGUCGAGUGUGCACGCAGUGGUGCAGCAAGUGACUAGAAGAGUGGUCAGGAAGACUAGAAGGAUCAUUCGAAAAGUGACCAUCGUCGAUGGUAAGGAGACUGCUACGGAGGAGAUAAUAGAGGAACCCGAAGAAGUUGAGAUAGACGAGAAGAGUAUUCCUCAUAUCAGCAUCAAUGUGAUCAAACAGGAGGAUCAACGACACCUUGGCGCUGAAGCACAGAUCGAAGAAGAGAAGGAAGGUCGUCCUAAGAUUGAGAAGAUCAAAGAUGAAGAAGAUAAAAUAGACAAAGAUGGAGGAUUGAAGGACGUCACUAGGGCUGACACUCCUAUGCAAGGACCUUUCUUCGGCGCCUUCGCUAAGGACAUGCAUCCAUGCGCGAAUCAAGAAGUAGAAGAAGAAGAAAUUUCCCCUGACACUGGAAAAGAUGUCGAAGCCGAAAGGAAGGUUACAGAUGUUAUAGAAAUUUCUGAAACAGAACAAGUUGAAGAAAUACCACAACAAGCUCCAAUUGAUAGCAAAGUUGUUGAUGAGAAUCUGAAGCCAGAAUUACUUGAGAAGAAACCUGAAACAGUGGACAAGUACGAGCACGAGCAAUUCCUGGCCGAGGUAACUGGUAAAAAAUCUCUUCCAGUGAACAGUCAAGCGUUCAUCGAUGCUGAAGUAUCCGCUGCUUUGCAGAGUCCCAGUCAAGAGAUCAAGAUCCAAGAGGUUUCUCAGGUAGCAGAAGAAUCAGUCAGGUCUCUGAUUGAUUCCACGGUGUCCGAGGAUGUACCGAGCAUCGAGAAAGCGACCUGUAAGUCAGACGGUGCACCAGUAAUCAUCGAAACACCUGUUAUGGAGGUAGAAGGUCGCACGGUAGACGUAGAAAAGCACCCUGGCACCGUAGAUGCUUCCGUGCUUGAGGAACAGCCGAAGAAAGCACAAGUGCUAUCCGAAGAAAUACCAAAGACAGUUGAAAUUUCAGGAGAACCUGAAGAGCCAGUCGAAACGAAGAAAGAAGAAACACGUCUCCUACCGAUUAACGUGAAACAGCAAAUAGUGAAGGACUCGUUCGUUCCUGAAAUUGAUUACGAUUACGUUGACGAAGCUCUGAAGCCGGAAUACAAACCCAUCUUCCACAAGGUGGAAAUAUCUCUGGCUGUGAAGAAAGAGGGAGAAGAAGCGGAGCCUAUGGUGUCUGUGAAGAGUCAAACUGAGCCACGACUCGCACCCUAUGGUAUGGUGAAGGAGGAUGUAGACAUCAGUCUCCCAGCAGACAAAGAAAGUACGUCUGUAAUUCACGAUAAGAUCGUUCAGACGUCUCCACCUAUGCCAGAACGACCCAUUACCUUGGAAAAAGAGGUUGCUACAUCGGACAAACCGGUGAACACUUCAGAGAAAGAAGUUGCUACAUCGGACAAGUCGGUGAUCACUUCAGAGAAAGAAGAAACAGAUAAAUCGAUCAUCACUUCGGAGAAGGAUGAAACUUCGGACAAGUCAAUCGUUGCCUCAGAAAAAGAAGAAGAAUGUCAAGCGAAGCCCACAGAAUCCGAAGAAGAUACAAUUACUACAAAAAUCGAAGAAGAAAUCGGUUCACCUAUGAAAUCAAGCACUUCCUUGAUUUCAAACCUUGCCGAUUCUAUGGAGAUUGAUAUCCCUCUGUCAGAUUCCUCGAAACAGGUCAGCGAAGCUCCUCAACCGGACGUGACGAAGAUGUUCGCAUCGGGUGAGAUGGAUUUGUCAUUGAAGGAUGAAACUUCGGAAGGUGAAGAUGGAUACGAGGCAGACAGGACGAUGGUGUCGACCACCACGCCGGAUGAUGAAAAUAUUACGAGGACGAAGAAGAAGAAAAAGAGGAAGCAGAGAGUGAGAAGUUCCAGGGAAGAAGAACCAACAGAAUUUCCUAAGACCACUACCGACGAAGGAGAAUUCACGGACGAUGUGACACCGGUGGACAGCGAAGACGCCAAGGCGACGAAGAAGAAAAAGAAGAAAAGGAAGAGGGAGGAGGUUGAUCCUAACAAGGAUAAACCUUCGCGAACUCAAGAAUUCACUGUCUCUGUAGCUACGUCUCCGAAACACGAAGAAGUAUCAGAGAUUUACGUACAAACAUCGCCUCAAUUAGAAGGAAGAAAAGUAUCAGAGAUCCCAGACAUUCACAAACAAGUACAAACUUCGCCUCAAGCUCCUGAAGAUGUUGAAGUACCCAAAGUCGAAGUUCACGCAGAGAUGCAAACAUCUCCGUUGCCUGGUCUAGAUUUCAGCAGCCAAACGGUUCAAGAAGAAAUCCACAAACAAGUGCAGACCUCGCCUCAAAUCCCUGAAGAUAUCCAAAUACCCGAAGUUGAAGAAGUUCAUACAGAAAUGCAGACAUCUCCGCUGCUGGGCUUAGACUUCAGCACCCAGACUGUUCAAGAAUCGCCUGAAACGCAUCAUUCGGAGAUGCAGACUUCUCCACUGCCUGGCUCAGACUUUGCUGUUCAAACCUUCACAGAAAAACCUACAAUCGAAGAAACGAGUACACAAACGUUAGAAAUACCUAGGAAAGAGGUUGAAGAGUACGCUGUUCAGACCAGUCCGAUUGAAGACAUUCAUGUGACAGUUGUUUCGGCGGAAACUGAAGAGACCCAGGUGCAAACUGUACCUAUGGAUGUAGUUUCCAUGGAGGCGCAGACGUCGCCAACAGCACCAUUCAUAGAAAUGGAGACUCAGACUUUGGAGAAGACAGUGGUCGCUGUUGAACAGCAAACGACUCCUUCGCCAAUUGAGGAGAAGGUUUCCACUUGCAUUGCUGUUCAGACAGUGACUCCUGAAGAGCCUGAGAUCAUCGAAACGGAGUCGCAAACCAGUAAACCUGUCACUCCAGAAAUAACUACGUUGGACUUCAACGUUCAAGCAGAUCUAGCUAAAGAGACACCGUUCGAGGUGAUAGAAACCCAGACUACUCCCAUGGAGAGUCCUCGACAGGCUGUUACUCAAGAAACGGAGUCGCAGACGAUUUUACCCCAGCCAACUCAGGAAAACAUGAUGCAAACCAGCCCGAUCAGUGUCUCCCCGAUUGGAGUUGACAUUUGUGAACUUUCUGCCCAAACCAGCCUCGAAGAAACGAAACAACUGAUGGAUGAACACUCGCAGACUAUUCCUCCCGAGAUGAUAAAAACGUUAGAUAGCUCGGUACAAAUAAAGACGAGCGAGUUAGUCCCCGGAGUAGAGGAGAGUAUCCAGAUCGUCCCUGAAACACGAGACGUUCAAACGAGUGUCGAAGAAGAGAAGCCGUCGUUCGCGACGAUAUCUCAGCAAACGAAUGGAACGUUGCAAGAUACGUUAUUUAAGAAUGAUGCGCAAGGAGUACAAGCCACGGUGGACGUGGUGGACGCGUCGACGGAUGCAAUGACGCCUGUAAAAUAUAUAGAAAUUCCAGUAGCACCUGAUGUACAAGUACAAGAAACAAAAGAAGAGUUAAUGAUGAUAAGGAGCACGAAAGAGCAGCCGUCUUCCACAGACGAGUUUAUAGAAACCGAACGAUUGCAAGGACUAUUGGAGCAAGAUGAGCCAAAGUCCGAAGAUAAGGAAUUAUCAGUCAGCGAUGACACCACGAAACCUACUGACACCUCGCAGGACACCAGUAUCAGCGAGGAUUUGAACGCAGCCAAAGUGGACGAUGGCAGCCUUGGAAGAAGACACAAGCGAAAGAGAAGACAUAAGACCAUGGAAAUCAGCUCACCGAGUGAAAAGGACCUUGAGUCCAUCUUUGGCCACCCCGUAGAGUCGAAAGAUCUGUCCUUAAAAUUAUCCUAUUCAGACGUUGCUAAGAAGAAUGUAGGCAAAGAGAAGUCUCCUCCUGGAGAUACCCACUUGGAAAAAAUUUCUGAAUCAGAGGACGUUCCACAAAAAGAAGAAAACGAACCGAUGGUUGUUAAGGAUGCUCAAGAUGUAUGGACUCUGGGCACGGAGAAACCAGAUUCGGAAGUUCAACAAGUACCAAUGCACAUGCCUUCACCUGAACCGAUGGACACAACUGAAGAACCAUUCUCACCUGCUGAGUCCGUCUUGCAGGUGGAAGAUCGACCUAGGAUUAAAACUUACGCGGACAUUAUCACUGAAUCUUCCAAAAAGCUUGAUCUGAAAUACGAAGAAGUGGAUCAAGCUUCGUGGGAGAUGUCUCAUCACCCAGUCCCACCGAAGGGUGCCAGUUCGAAGGCCUUCCUGCUAGCUGAAACGAUGGAAUACGACCCUCAGCUUCAGGUCACCCAAAGUAAUCAAACUACCAAGGCGAUUUCUGAUCGAAUGCAAUGUCUUCGAAACGCCAAACAGCCUAGUCAUCUGGGAAACAUUCUCCAUAUCGCUCACUUGGACCAAGUAGCGAACGAGAAGUUAGCCGAAGAACGUGCUGCUGAUGUGAGGAAAGAAUUGUCUCGUCUGAAAGACGCUGCUCAAGAGAAAGAUUCGAUAGCUGCGGAAGAAACCCUGGUUGUCAUCGUGGAUACUAUAUCUACGUGGUUAGAGACGAUCGAAUACAGGAUCUUCCUUAGCAAGGAGUGUCCCAGUGGACCAUCCCACGAGGACAAGACUUACGUCGAACUGAAGGACGAAGUGGAGAAUGUAGAAGAGAAUAUACACGAAUUGAACGAUAUUUGGAAAUUGGUGGAGACUAAUUAUCCAGAGAGCGAUCGUGUCAAUUUGCAGGAGUGUUUAGACGCUCUUAUGCAUCAGGUGAAGAUGAUCGAGGACGUAACUGCUGACAGCGAGAAGCAUGUCACCAGCGAGCUUGCAAGGUGGGAUGAAUUUGUGAACGGAGUGCACAACAUGUACAGAUGGAUCGAGGAGCAACGCGAACAGCUGAACAACGUCGUCGAGCAAGAAGCAUCAACGCAAUGGAAGCUCCAAGAGCUGGACAAGCUCGAAAACAUAAACCGUUGUCACAUGUGGAAAACCGCGUCUCUUCUCACCACUUCACACGAAUUACUCCGCGACUACCCAGGCAAACAUAUUCCGAAAGAAACCUACGCUGCUCACGAAAUGACGAAAAUGAUCGAACACGACAUUUCCAUCGAACGCGAACGUCUCCUGCAGCUGUUGGCUCUUGCCGAGGAAUACGAGCAGACUCUCAGAGAAUUUGCUGAGAUCACCGAGAUCGCGGAGAACUUGUUGAACAGUCCUAUAUCGGUGAUGAGUUUGGAACAUCUUCAGGAAGAGAUGCAGAAACAUAGGAAGUUCUUUGUCAAUCUCAAUCACUGUCGAACGAUUCUGGAGUCAUUGGAGGGCAAUUUGGACCCUGAAACGAGGACCAAGUAUUCAGACCUUCACGAAGAACUGCAUAGCAGAGCUACGUCUCUGUUGGAUCAAGCUGCCUCCAGAGCGCAACAAAUGGCUCUAGCUGCGUCCAGGUGGAUGCUACUGGAACAAGGGAUCAAAGAAGAAAGAGGGUGGCUCCAGGUUGCUCAUCAACGGGUACCUGGCCUCCAAAAUGUGAAGUCGUCUGAUUACGAUCAGUACAUCUCUCUGUACCAAUCUCUGGAAACGGAUGUGGCGAAGCAUCACGCCAGGAUCGUUCAGCUUCUGAACGUGGCUCGCAGUCUUAAGGAACUGGUGAACAUCGAAGAUCCUGAGGAUCGUUACAGAGAAGCUUUGGAUGUGAUCGUGAAGCUUCAGAUCGACGUGCAACGAUCAUUGGGAAUAUUAUUGAAGUUUAAGGAGAAAUGGAUCCUUCAUGAAUCAUUGAAGAAUCGAUUGAAAAACUGGAUGACGAAGGUGGAGAAGGAGAUGCGCGAACCUGAAUAUUAUCUAUCCGUGGAUCAUUUGCAUGAAUUUUGGGAAUUGAAGGCGCAAUACGAAGUCCACCAAAAUAUGAAACUAAAGGCACACGAAAGUUUCGUAGACGCCCUCAGAAUAAUCGAUUGCCGGGACGAUAUAUUGCAGAGAGAUUUAUACAGGCAAUUUGAAGAUGUUUGGUUCGAUGUAACUGCCCAUAUCAAGUACAUCGAAGAACAGUUGAAACAAAACAUCUACCCUAAAGACAUAUCGCCCAGCGAAGAACUAAAACUCCUCGAGAGACGAUUGAACGAGCUAAGAAUGACCAUGGAUGGUUUCCAUGGUGUCCUGAAGACCGAAGAAGAAUUGGAUCUCUACAUCGAACGACUCGCUGUUCUGUUAAAUGAAAUAUCGUCGAUUCAUUGCGGAAUAAGUUCUCUAAAACUGCUUUCACUACCGGCGAUCGAGAAAGCUGGUGUUUUGUUGUCAUCGGCAUGCAGGAUCGAAGAUCAGAUCAGGCAGGAAUUGAACGUUGCAAAGUUGCUGAGGGAAAGGCUUCAGGCUAUUCAUCGUGGUCUGAAUCGUGUCAGAAAAGCUCAUCAAGAGCAAUCAUCUAUAUUGGACCAAUGCGAGGGAAGCGAACGACAGGGGAGCGACGUGGUCGCAACUGCUGUCGAUCGUUGUCAAACGGUCGCUGAUGAGCUGGCUCUCUUGUGGCAGGAUAUCAUGGAACUCAGACAAUUAUUACACACUUUGCCAACUAUCACGAAAGUCUCUAUGUCGCCUAUCAGCGUCGAAAGAGACAUUUCGAACCUGCAGGAUGCGCAUACCGAUCUCGAGGCUAGAUGUUCUCGCUUGUUACCGUUGUUGAGGAACAGGCUUGCUCUGUGGAGGAGGUUCGAAAGGCAACUUGAAAUGGUGCAGCAAUCUGUUCAGGAGGCUGAUUAUAUGAUGGAGUUGCUGACGGUUCAAGAAUCGGUUGAUUACGACAGACUACUAAAAGCUACCGAACGGUUGGAGGGUCUCAGCGGUGAUUUGGGAGCCCGAGAAGUUCUCAUUGGCGAAUUGCGCGAAGCUGCCGAACCUCUGCGGGAGGGUUGCGCUGCAGAGGUCCGCGAGAAGGUCGAAGCGGCGGUAAAUGAGGCCGUGCAAGCCUGGGAGGACACCAGGGCCGAAUUAGAUGCACGUUGCACCAAGUAUCAGCACGCGUGCAGAUUGUGGGAACAGUACAAAGACUCGAGCGCCGCGGUGAAGGCCUGGGUGGACACCCAGAUGGACACCGUCGCCAACCUACCGCCCGAAGAAGCCGUCAAACAGAUCAAGAUUUGCGAAGAGACGAUGGCGGAACACAAGGAAAGGUUGGCGGAGCUUCGUGGCCUGGUGGCGCAAAUUGCAUCGGACGUCGGUUUGGAUGCAAGUGGGCCAUUGCACUGCGAAGUAGAGGCCCUUGGACAACGUCUCGAAGACAUCCGAGAGACAUUAUCGUCUCUCGCAGAUGCCGCGGACGCUCGUGCCCUUAACCAGGAGCUAGCACGUGGCGAUUUAUGUCAGACUAAAAAUUUCUUGGACUCCAUCCAACAGAGCCUCGCCGCAGCGAACGAAGACGAGUCGAAGGAGCAGCUGAAGCUCCUGAGGAAUCACCUCCUCGCCCUCACCUGUACAGAACCCCAGCUGCAAUCAAUCAAGGAGCGCAGCUUGGAGGUGUCCUCGCAGGAACCAUCGGUGGUAGAGGUUCUUCAACUAUGGCAGAAGGUCUUCAGGGAAACCUUUCAACAGUAUCAUCGUCUGUCCACUCGUCUAGUCAAAACUCAGGACAGCGUGACCGCCCUUAAACUCUGGCAAGAGUACCUAUCCCACGUGCAAGACUUCCUGUCCAACGACGUUCCCGCCGACUACAGCGGUUUGUCGGAGCACAGAAAUCUCUGCGAGGUUCAUCAGAACCUACUGACUGAUCAACAGAAUCUCAUCCUCACCGUUCGUUCGGAGGAGGGCGGUAACCUGUCCACCACCGAACAAUUCAACAUCCUGACGAAUCUGCACAACGAAACGUUGUCGAAAAUCAUGGAGAGACACGCGGCUGUUCGCGAUAGGCUGACAGCAUGGGACAGGUACAAGAUUGAUCAAAGUAAACUGCUCGGUUGGUUGAAGGAGAUCGAGAGAGAACGAAGCCAACUUCAUCUUCGGUUCAUUCAUCUAAGGAGGCUCGACAAGAUCCUCCAAAGGAUACAAGCGUUAUUGGAUAAGAUACCGGAAGGCGAGGCUCAGUUGAAGUCCCUUCAAGAGCAACAGGAUAUCCUGUUGAUCAAUUGCGACGGGGCAUUGGCUGCGUCCAUCCGCAUGGAACACGCAGCUGAUUCCCAAAGGAUAGCGAAUCUCAGCGCAGGUUUGGAGACUUGGAGAGAUUUCAUUCAGAAGAUACAGAAACUCCACGCUGAAUACGAAGAACAGACGAGAAAUAUCAGCGCUACGUUCGAGGAGAUUAGUCAAACGUUAAGCACAGCUUUCCACGCGAAGGCUGCCAAUGUUUCGAGGACCAGCGAACAGCUGGAGUCCGUUCGGCAACUCCAGAACAGGCUGUCCAACAUGAGCACCGAUUUAGAAACUCUCGGUGUUAUCACGGAACAGUUGAGAGAGUGUCUGAGUCCUUCGGACGUAAAGUCCUUGAACCAUCAACGAGCACUUCUAUGCCAACAGCACGGAGACCUUGAACACCAGGCUGCGUUAUUAGCGUGCAGAUUAGACGAACGUUGCAGCCUCUACGAUCGUUGGGUGGAUAAAUCGAGAAAAUUGUACGUAUCGAUCGUUAAUAUUAUGUCGAAUAUUCAGAAACACGAUUCCACGUGGAAAUCUAAAGACGCUCAGAAGAGACUGGUGUGCGAGUUGCAAGCAGAGAUCGCUUUGCAACAGAGAGACUUAUUAUGGGUGCAGAGCACCGGGCAAGAUCUGCUCGAAGUUGCUGACGAGAAGGAGAAAGAAAGGAUUCAACGAUUCCUCGAUCGCGUGAACGAGAAGUGGGAUCGUUUGACAGCCAUGAGCAAAGCAAGAGCGAUUAAAUUAGAAAAUUUCAUCAGAACCAUGGAAACGUUGGAGAGGAGGUUGAACGAGAUGUUGAGUAUGGUGGCAGGCAUCGAAAUGGCUCAGCGAUCGAAAACCCCGGUGACCGAUCAGAGUCGUAUCGACAGAAAGUUUCAGGACCUGCAGCAUUACAGCAGCAUCAUCGAUGCUGAGAGUGCCAACGUUAGUGAAGUGUUAAAUCUCGCGGAGAUAUUCUUAAAGGACAGCUCGAAUUACGUGUUCGAGUCAGACACCAGCGACAUUUCAAGGGACAUGUGUGAUUUAGAGAAAAGAUGGGAUAAGAUCUGUAUAGAGGUGACAGGAUCCGAAGGUUACUUUAAGUCAUGGGUUCGCAAGGCUCUUGAGAAACUAGAGAAAAUUACAAUAGAACACGAAGACUGGCUCAGAGAGACGGAUAGCGUUCUGUCCGAGUUGGAGAACAAUCUCGAUGAACUUUCCAAAGAGGAAACCGAUAAGGCCAUCGAGAAAGCUAAGAGGAUACUCGAGGAUGUCGAAGGACACGAGUCGGUGAUAGAAUUAAUUAAAUGGAAUGUUCAUAAGUUGGUAACGUAUUUAGAGAUAGAUAAUCUGAAAUCCGUUAUCAGCGGAACUUACCAGCUUAUCGAUAAGUGGGACACGUUGAAACCUAGAGUGAAUAACGUUCUAUCGGUGCUUCAGCGAGGUCAAAAGAAUUAUCGCGACUUUAUUACGGUACACGGUGCCGCGGUCGUCGGUUUGACGCAAGUUGACGUUAGAUUGACGAGGACUCAACACCUCGCCACCCCUGAGCAAAAAGCGUCUGCUCAAUUAAGAUUGCAACAGUUGAACGAGAUCGAGGAAGAGUUGAGGACUCUGAACGUUACGCUUCAAAGGGCCGACGAAUUAGCGUUGAAAGUUAUGCAAGAAUGUCAUCCGGACGAGGUGGCGAACAUUCAGGAGCUGGUGGACGAGUACCAGUUACUAUGGACUGAUAUCAAGGAGAGAGUGGCAUCUCUGAGGGCAGAAAUCGAAGGGCAAGAGAAGAAGGAAGUUGACGAAGCUGUACAGGUGGAAACUUUGAAAUUCGAGCAAGAUUCUGCUGUACAGGUGGACACUUUGCCUAGGUUACUGAGAAUGACUUCCAGUGACGCUUAUCUGAUGGAACUGGAAGCUGCCUUGGUUGAAUGCAAUGAUGCUUUGGAUACGUUGGAAGUAGCAGUUACCCCGGAUCCGGUUGCCGGACCCGGGUUAAAUGCUAGUGCUAAGCAUAUAAGUAAAUUGAUCGGAAGCUGCCAGUCAUCGAUCGAACUGGCUCGUCAUCUGCACAGCUUGCUCGUCGAAGACGGGAAAUUGAGCCCUCAGGUUGCCAAAGUUGACGAAGUGACCGCAUUGACCAACAGAUACGAGAAUCUUUUAAUACUGGCAAGAACGCGUGAACAACAAAUUAGGGAACUUAGAUCGCCUAUGAGUGACGUUUACACCUCUCCCUGUGAUCAUGAUAAUGGAAGAUUGACCUGUCCCCUGUGUUCCCAUCGCAAUUGGGCCCAACUGGAAAACGAUCUUUGGAGAUUAGAAAAAUGGUUAGAAUUCGCUGAAGGUACUCAAAGCGAGCAACAUUCACCACCGAGCAGUAUAGAACAGCUGGAGGAUGUGAUUCAAGACCACCGUGAAUUUCUACUCGAUCUCGACUGCCAUAAGUGCAUCCUCGUCGGUUUGAAUACAGUGGGUGCUCAUUUAGCCGACCAUACCGAAGAAUUGUGUCGAGCCAGCCAGCUCAGAGACAGACUGACCAUCGCGAACACGAGAUGGGACAAAGUGUGCUCGUUGGCUGCACGUUGGCAGGAACAGCUUCAAGUUUCUCUUAUGUCGAACCAACAAUUCCAUCGUAUCAUAGAAGAGUUGCUUUCUUGGUUGGAGAAGACGGAAAUGAGUAUAAGAGUCAGCGAACCGGUUGAUUUGACCAAAUCGCCUGAAAUCAUGACCGCCAAAUAUAAUAAAUUCAGGGAAUUGAGAAGUGACUUAGAGCGAUGCGAACCUCGUGUUUUGUCGCUUCAAGAGGCGGCAAAUCAAUUACUGGACGAGAAAGGCGAAACCAGAGCACGUCUGCAGGAACUUCGACUCAGGUUGCAGUCGCUUCGACGACUCACAGGGAUAUACGCUUUAAAAUUAGGGGCAGCAUUAGGGAUGGACCCUAGAGAGGUUGGACUUGCUGCCACCACUUCUUCUCUUGCUUCCCUUUCUCAAGACCUGCUCGACGAAGCUGCCUCUGGAUCCGCUCAACCCCACGACGCAUCUAGCACAGAUAUCGUGUGUUUCAGUGGUGACGAUGGCCAACGAACGGUAUUGUCUCGAGGAUACCGUUUCCUGGGCCGUGUUUUGAGGGUCUCGUUGCCGAUCCAAGCCCUGAUGUUGUUGGUACUUGGGAUCACCUCCUUGGUACCAUCCACCGAAGAAGACUACAGUUGCAUGCUGUCGAACAAUCUCGCCAGAAGUUUCACACCGAUGCUACUCUAUACGAACGGACCUCCGCCGAUUUAACAUUAAAACGGCACAAUACGAAACGCAUCGACUUAGCUAGUCCUCGAAGAACGUUCAAUCGAAAUAUUCAGAAAAAUCGCGGCAAACGGAAACGAAAUUUACGUAGCUAUUUAGCUAGUCUCUCGUACAAUGACGUACCAUUUCCACCGUGCUAUAGAUGAAGAGGACACUCAUGGAUCUCCGUGGCUCACGAAAGUCAUCGAGACAAUUACACGUGUGAUAUAACGUUUGUAGUCGUGUAGAAUAAAACACGUUAAGGACCAAGAAACAAACGGUUCCGUUUCGCUUAUUUACAAUUGUGAUCUUCGUUCGAUAUUUGCGAAUUUGUCAUUGUGCAAUAUCUUCGACAAGAUUUCCGAAGAUAAUGUAAGAGUAUGUACGACCUCUACGAACGAUUUAACACGGUUAUCGACGAAUUUGUUCCGGUUUCGAUCAGUUAACCACAUCCGACAUUCCAUGUAACAUUAUCGCGUUUCUAUUUAUACAAACACACUGUUGAUAUCGUUCCUUUCAUUAAUUUUCCACCUUUUUCGUUUUUCUUUUCUUUUUUCCCUUUGAUUAUUAUCUGUACAGAGAACGAGUGAUCGAGAGAAAGAGAAAAAACGAGAAAGGUUUAAUGUCACAUGGAAUGGGCGAAAAAGUGUUAACGAUUAAAUUAUUAAUUAACGAAUCGCUUACGUGCACACACAGAUUAACUACGAAACUUGUAUGAAAAAAAAAGAGAUUAAACGAUAUAUAUAUAUACAUACAUACAUAUAUUAUAUACUUUCAACGAGUUUCGCGUUUUUACGGUUAGUACGUGACGAAAGAUUAAUAUAAUCUUGUUCCGACUUUAUUUUUUAUACGUUGCGUUUAUAAAUUGAGAAUGAAGGAAUAGAGAGAAGCGGUUACUUAAAAAGAGAAUAAUUAAGAACGUAAACGUCCACUGACCGAUUUCUUCAGCGUGUUCGCUAAAUCGCGCUGGUCAUUGGUGCUAAUUCGAUGGGAUAGAAAGAAACACAAUAAUACAUUAUAUUGGUAUCUAAUAUAUUAUAGAAUUGAAUUUCGAACUCUGUACGGUUACUUAAGGAUGGAUGAAUGAAAAAGUUAAAAAAAAAAAAAAAAGAAAAAGACAAGUAUCGCAUAAUAAUAAACGAAGUUACCCGUUGCUGGAAGAUGAUGUUUUAAGAGAACGAUCAUUAUACAGGAUACGCACAAAUGGAUCACGAAUUCUAUUCGAGGUACAAAAUAAGAGAACCGAUUGUAUUUAAAAGUGGCCCCGCUAGAAUUUCGCUUCCUAAUUUAAAUGGUAUCUUGCUUGCUACGCGAUCGAGCUUUGUUAUGUAUUUUUAUAAGGACAGAGCUUUCCGAAGACGGUGUACAUCUGUCGAUGUAAUAUAAUUACAAUAAAUUGAGACCUAUAUAA